AUGUCUGUCCCAGCAACAGCAACAGAACGCGCAGAAAGGGCUUCAGACGAUCUGAUUUUCUACGUGAACGGCAAAAGGGUAAGUGGGAAUCGAGCUUCCCGAGGACGCAGGAAUAGCUGCUUGGGGGUAUUUCCUGCUCUCACAGUGCAGCUUGAAGUGUAGCAAAAGGAAACUGCCUGUACUGUACUGCCCCCUGCUUCCGAUUAGAGGGUCCCGGUAUAGUAGAUAGACCCCCUUUACCCCUCUUCUAACAAGACGUUUGCAUUCUGCGUAUUAACCCAAACGGCAGAAUUGCUUCCCUGCCUGCGGCCCUAGGGAAAAACACAGCGGCAAAUUACGUAAAAACCCUGGAAGGUCAGCAUUUCACGUGCUUUGUAGGUUGAAACUAGACACCUUUGCUCAGAAGUGAAUUCCUCUGGCUACGGUAGGAGUUACUGCUAAGCAAGUGUGCAGACAAUUGCAGCCUUAAGAGUCUCGUUGAUAUUAAGAAAAGCAAGUCAAAACUCUCGGCAGUCAAUCCUAUUUAUAAAAUGCCAGACUAUAAUGUGCAGAGAAUAGCUAUACUGUACAAAUAUCCUUUCGAGUGUUGGAAUAUUGCAGGAAAUUUACACACACACACACACACACACACACACCCACCCCGUUCUCCAACACAAUAAACUCACAGUGCCAAGGGUUUGCAUAUUUACUAACUGGAAACAAACAAGGGCAUUUAGAUUUUUUAACAUACAGAGACUUAUACUGGCUGAUAGGCGUGCAAUAAAUAAAUAAAUGUUACACCUCCGCUGCCUCUAAAUCCCAGAUUUUUGGACUAAAUCCCAGAUUUUGGGACUCCUGGGAGGGGAGAGUGCUGUUGUGCUCUUGUUCAGAUUACAGGCUUCCCACGGGCAUCUGGUCAGCCCCUGUGACCUAGAUGGGCCAUUGGCGUGAUCCAGCAGGCUCUUAAGUUUCAAGAUCAUUUGUGGAUAGUGCUCGUUGAUAUUAGUUUCACCCCUAUACCUUCCUUCUAUUUUAUUAACUUUGUCAUUUUAAUUUCAUUUUUUUAAAGGCCCUUCUAUACACUUCUGCAACGUACUACCACAGUGUGGACUAGUUUGCUGGUUUUAAUUUUAAAAGCACUGCCUUUCGAUCUUGAUUUUUAAAAGCAUUUCCUCACUUGCCAAUGCUGUUCUCUCAAGCCAUCACUACUCAUCUGAUUUCCUUUACAAAAAUUAAAAAAGCAGUCUAGCUGCCCACUAAGGAAAAGGGUCAGGAAUGAUGUGAAUCGUAGUUCAGUGUCAAAGGUUCCCUGACACAGGGGAUAGGUUUUUUGUUUUUGUUUUGUUUUCCAUAAAAAGGUAAAGGGACCCCUGACCAUUAGGAAGUUCCCCAAUCCUCCUCCAAAUUACAGCCUGAUAAAUUUAGCCAUCCAAGAAGCCUCAUGCAAUUCUAUCUGGGAUAUGCCAUUCUUAAUAUCUGUCUUCAAGAUAGUGGAAAACAAGGGACGUGGGUGGCGCUGUGGGUUAAACCACAGAGCCUAGGACUUGCCAAUCAGAAGGUCGGCGGUUCGAAUCCCUGCAACAGGGUGAGCUCCCAUUGCUCUGUCCCAGCUCCUGCCCACCUAGCAGUUUGAAAGCACGUCAAAGUGCAAGUAGAUAAAUAGGUACCACUCCAGCGGGAAGGUAAACGGCAUUUCCGUGCGCUGCUCUGGUUCGCCAGAAGUGGCUUAGUCAUGCUGGCCACAUGACCCGGAAGCUGUACGCUAGCUCCCUCGGCCAAUAAAGCGAGAUGAGCACCGCAACCCCAGAGUCGGCCACGACUGGACCUAAUGGUCAGGGGUCCCUUUACCUUUUUAUGGAAAACAAAACAAAAACAAAAAGCCUAUCCCCUGUGUCAGGGAACCUUUGAUCCUGAACUAUGAUUAACAUCAUCCCUGACCCAUUGAUGGUGCUUCUUGGGGCUGAUGGGAGUUGUAGUUCAGCAACAUCUGGGGGGCCAUAGAUUCUCCAACCUUGGUCCAGACCUGAGCUUACCUAUACCUACAUUUCCCAGAAGCCUUAACUAAACUACAGUUCCCAGGAUUCUUUUGGGGUAGCCACGACUAUUAAAUGUGGUACAGGAGUGCUUUAAAUGUGUGCUGUAGGUAUGACUAUCUGGUUUUCACCUCCCUCUGCAGAUAGUGGAGAAGAAUGCUGACCCUGAGCAGACAUUGCUGCCUUAUCUAAGGAAGAUACGUAUCCUUCCUCCGCUUGUGGCAGCCCAGAAUCAAGUCAACUGUUUCUACUCCAUCUUUCACUCCUCUCCUGUUCUUUCUCACUCUCUCGCACUUCUUCACACACACCAAACAAAUCUGUCAUUAAGCCUCCCAGUGCUUGCUUUUUGAAAACCAAAAUGCAGGCUCAGGGAAAGGAGUCUGCAUAUUUGCUUUCCAAAGCAGGGCUGAGGAAGGGGGUGGUUAACCUCUUCCUCCCUGGCUGUUUGGGGGCUCAGAAUCCCCCUCCCUGGAGCUGCUUUCUCUCCCAAGGGAAGAUCUAUUGGCGUUGUUGAAUGUUCAUAUUUAAAAGACAUUCUAGUGGUUAGAGAGUCUAGCCAACGCAGGAGUUCUAGUCACAUGUUCCAAUGCAUGCGAAGGGAACGGCACUAUACCAAGUAAUUUUGCUUCCCCGCAUCACAUGUGCCAAGUAACAUGGCAUCCUCUGUGCCUACAGGCAGAACAUGGAGACAUGAUCUGGAACUCUGAGCACUUUGUGCACACAGCUGUAAACACAAAGGUCAUGCCUUGAAGGCAUGAGACAAGUGAGCAAAACAUAUUCACCUAGGACUGUUGCAUUGGCUGCACAGGGCUACUGGAACUAGCUUCAUUUGGACACGGUCAACUUUAUCUGCCUGUAUAUUUUGUAGUACCAUAUUUAAAAGGGGAGGGGGAGAAAAUGAGAGUUAAUUCAGUUUUCUGAGGGUCUGGCAUUUGGCAGCUUGAAAGAAUAAUGGAAGAUUACUGUACAUGCACUUUGUAUUCCAGUUUUUUGGCUUAAUUCAGUUGUUGAUGUGGCGUUAAAUUUAUGUGGUUUUGUACUGACUGACUGUAAAGUUUUGUGGCUAGUUUGUGACCAACAUAGAAAGGAAAUGGAGGGAGGAUGCUUUGUGUAUUACAUGUAGUCUUUUCUAUAUCAAAAGUCAAGAACAUGAAGCACUGAGCAAUGUGUAUCUUGAAAAGAAGUGCCUUCAGAAUUAUUGUCAGUUAUACUGUAUAAAUGUGAAAAUUUCUAUGUUAUAACAUUGCUCAGUCACUUCAAAUUGAUUUAGAUAUCUUCAAAUUAUGUACGGUUUAUACUAGGAAGGCCAGUGUUAUUUAACAUAAACUUUCCUUUUGUUUUUAGUGCUGGAGAUGUUGCACCCAUUUUGGACUGCUGGUCAUUUUCUUAAGUCUGAUGAUAUGCUUGGAUUUUAUGCUUGGAUUAAUGAUUUCAAACAACAGAUAAGCCUCUGCUAUGAAAAUGGAAUUGCUUCUUUUUGUUCUGUAGUGCUCAUUAGUUUGUAGCCUACCGAUAAUCUUUCCUGCAACAAAUCAACUUUUGCACUUCUAUUAUUUUAAUUGUACCUCAUUUAACUCUUUAGCACUGACUUUUCCAGAAUAAACUUGAGGGAGGAAUCCAUUGAAUCAUCACUUUGGAAACUCUUGUUUUCAGGAGUGAUGGUCCCCAUCUCCAGCACAGUUUGAAAACCUUGCAGUCCAAUGAAAUGCGUGCUUUCUCUGCAGUAAGUUUUUCUUAGUUCAGUGAUGCUUACUUCCAAGUAAGUCCAUGAUAUUACAUCCUUAGUUUGGAAAACACAAACUUCUGCUUGUCACAAAAGUAACUCAUGAAUCUCAGUGGGUUUCUUUGGACUGGUCAUCAUCUCUCAACCUAGCCUAUGUGGCAAGUUUGUUACGAGAAUAGCAUUAGGACUGGGUCAUAUGACACCCUGAGCUUCUGGGAGGAAUGGUGAAAUAAAAGUGCAAUCAACCAACCUAAAACAGAUACGGUGCCCUGUUUAGGCCUCGUAAAGGUCAGUAUUGCAAUCUGAGAGUGUGCCCCCAGGCUUCUAAUCUUGAAAUAAUCUAUGGGUGGGGAUUUAUGUAAUCUGGAUUUUUAAAAUUCUGCUUCAAGGCAGAAUUUCUGCUCCAAAGAAAGCUAAAUUAUGCAGUCACACAAAUGAAAUUUAUAAUUACUUUUAUUGUGUUAUUUAUUCUGCUCUAGUAGUGGGAAAAUAGAGAGCACUAAAAUCCCUCACUGCUGACUACAAUCCUACUGAGUCCCACAUCCCAACUUUGGAUAGUUAACUGGCUAUUGCCCCCAUUUUUUUCAAGCAACCUCCCUUCAUAGCCAUAAGGGCUCCCAGAUAAUAUGCUUGUACCUUUCAAUGUGUAUUGCCAUAGGACAAGGAUGGGGAAACUGUGACCCUCAGGAUGUUGGUGGACUACAAGUCACAUCAGCACCAGCCAGCAUGGCCAGUGUUAAGGGCUGAUGAGGAUCAAUGGGUCCCUGUCCAUGCCUUGUUAUAUGUGGAUGGGGUAAGACAAGUUUGUCCCAGGAGCAGUGGUGUUCCAGGUUAAAGCAGACAGAAAAUAUGUGUAGCUGUGCUCCAGCACGAAUCAUUUCCUCCUUAACUGCAGCUUUUUCAGUCCGUCUUACAGGUACCAAGUAUGGCUGUGGUGGAGGCGGAUGUGGUGCAUGCACUGUGAUGAUCUCAAGAUAUGAGCCUGUCGCUAAGAAGAUUGUGUAUCCUUUUGAGCCAAGAGACUGGUAAACUGCACAUUGCAACUGUCUAACUCGGAUGAGGAAUAUUGUUGGUUAAGUAUGUUUAUAGCUGUGCCAUGAUCUCCAUGUCAGGGACUUGAAACCUGUAGCCCUCCAGGUGUCACUGGGCUCCCAACUCCCAUCAGCCCAGGCUAGUGUUGUCAAUGGAAAGUGAAUUCUCAUGACUCCAUAUAGGUGACUGUCAAUUUCAACUUGAGUGUUCUUUACAUGCUACUUUUCCGUAUUAUGCUGGAGGCUGUUUAUGGGAAAGUGACAAAAGUGUAAUACAAAACAAACAAACCCAGAAACAAUUGAGCUGCAGUAGCUCAGUGCAUAAAUACAGGCGGUGACAAUUUUAGGCAGUUCCAACUGAAGUGUUUAAUUUUAAAUAUAUUUGUAAUUAUAAUGCACACAAAUAAUAGAGGCAAAUAAUAUACUUAUAAUAAAUGUUAAACAUAUUCUCCUUUACAAUCCAAGUCAUUAUUCAGCCAAUGCAUGCUUGAUUCCCAUAUGUUCGUUGCAUGGCAGUGCGGUCAUCACUGUAGAAGGAAUUGGAAAUACAGAAACCAGGAUUCAUCCAGUUCAGGUAAAUGCAUGCUGUAACUUGUGGGAGAUUUUUUAUUUACUCCUUGUACAUUUCAGCAACCAGCAGUGCUGUGAAUAUUUAUUGGGAACUGUCCAAUUCAUGAACAUGGUUGCAGAGGGCUGAGUAUGGUGCAGUUGAAGCCUGCAUCCAGACUAUAAGAGCACAUGCACAUGUGAACAUGGCUACAGCCACUCCAGUUGUAUCAUAGAUAAGUACAUUUUAAUACAUCAGGCCAUGUCACCAAUCCAGAAAAACAUCCAGCUUUGCAGGUUACUCUUGUGCGGAACAUACAGAAGCUCCAGCCAUCCAUUCACGAAGAAAAAGAAAACAUUGUGUUUUAUUACAAUGUUGCAGUGAAGGCAAACAUACCAAUGAGAGAUCCUCACAAUAUACAAGUCUCCCCUGAGAGUGCAUGCAUGUGUACACACAUGUGCGCGCACACACAUACAUCAUGGUCAUUUUGCUAAUUUAAAAUAACUUGUGGCUGAACUUUUUGUCCUUCCAGAGAUGGGUAAAAAUGUUUUUGUUUUAUUUUACUUUAAUUUUGUUUAAUCAGUCACUUUAUAUCUCACCUUCUUUCCAUCAUGAAGCCCAAGGCAGCGUACAUAAAGUUUCUCCAGGCAGCCUGCUCUACAGGCUCUGACCUGACCUACUCAGUAAGGUGGCUGCAAUCUUCCCCCUCAAACCAUGCCCAGGGACUUUCAUAAGACCAAUGGUGGACGGCUACGAUCUUUGUAUUUUAGCUCUUGCUUUGUGAUUUUAUUACGGGGUUGUUAUUUUUAAAUGUGGGAUUUAAACUCUUGUUGCCUGUUUCAAAUUGCUUUUCUGAUGUAGGCUGCCUUGAGGGGAUUCUUGGGUCUGAUGUGGCAAACUAUAAGUCAAGCCCUAAGUAUCAGACAGGAUUACUCUCAUGUGCAAUACAUAUGCAUCACUCCUGAGCUUUCUGUUUUUUCCCACUGCAUCUGUCACUUGAGGCCACUUGUGUUGCAGGUUGGCUCCCUGUUUUAGAAUAAACAAUGCCAACAUCCUGGCUUCCAGAUAUCAUUGAAACUCUUAACUCCCAUUAGCCCAGGCCAGCUUGGCCAGUAGUCAGGAGUGAUGGGAGCUGUAGUCCAACAAGGUCUGAAAGGUACCACAUUGCCUACUUGUGUUUUACAACAGCAAUCGACUCAUGUGCUGUCGCAGCAACACAUGCAGGUUCCAUAAGCAAUAAGCCAAGCUAUGGUGACCUUUAUAACAUUUCAGGUUCAGCUCCUGCAUGAAUCAUGAGCAGGCUUUCAUUUAAAAUAUCUGAAUAAGAGAAUGUGGUAAUCCUGCAGCAGGUUUUCCAUUGUCCCAGGAACGGAUUGCUAAAAGUCAUGGCUCUCAGUGUGGCUUCUGCACCCCUGGAAUGGUGAUGUCAAUCUACUCUUUACUGCGCAACCAGAUGGAACCCACAUCGGAUGAAAUGAUGGAAGCUCUCGCUGGUAAAUAGUUCAAAGAUAAACUCUAAAUUGUUUUAUGCUGCUUUUAUCCGCUGCUUCUUAACUUGUAUUUAUACUGGACUUUAAAAAAAAAAAAAUCUCAACAUUUCAUUGCUGCUGUUUCAUGUGUAAGUUGCCCUGUAGAUGUGUUUUUUUAAGGGUAGAAUAAAAAUGUUAAGUACAUAAAAAUAGUGAUUUAUUUUUUUAAAAAAAACUACAUUUGUUUGGGUCUUCUUAUCUUGAAGAAAUAACCUUAUCUGUUUUAUUGUUUAAUUAGGUAAUUUAUGUCGCUGCACAGGUUACAGACCUAUUAUUGACUGUUGUAAAACCUUCUGUAAGGUAAGGGUGUGUGAGAGAGAGAAAGAGAGAGUCUGUUCAUCUGGUUCUCUUAUUCCCAUUUGGUAUUGCCCUCUGUGGCAUAAUUCUGCAUUCACAGGUUUUGGGAUAAAGGACAUAGCUUAGUGGUAGAGCAUUUGCAUUUUAUGCAGAAGGUAUCGGGUUCAAUCCUCAGCAUUGCUAGGUUGUGCUAGGAAGGACUCUUGUUCAAAAUUCUGGAGAGAUGCUGCCAAUUAGUGUAGAGUAGUGUUCCAGAUGGAACAAUGACCAUACACAGCUUCCUAUGAUCUACAGAAAAAAAGGCAAUGCGCGACUAUGAGAUGGAUUGCUGAUUAUAAAACGAAUGCAUUGUUGCAUGCCACCCCAAUUUCCUAGUGGUGCAAGAUUCCAGGGGUUCCAGGCACUUACCCUGGAUCCAUGUUUCCUUUUGUAAAUUAGGCACAGUGUAGACUGUGGGGUCUUUAUGACAUAUGACAUAAGGCAUAUUUACACAUAUAUGCAACCUUGAGGCUACAAUGGAGGGGCUCCCAGCAUUACACUUCAAGAAAGUCUUGCUUUUGAAUUCAACCUGGGAUUCAAACUGACCUCAGGCAUGGUUCUGACCCUCUCUCUCAGUGGUUUCAUUGUACAUGCUUAAAUUGCUCCCAUUGACUGUUUAACUGAAAAUGUAUUGUGCCUUUUCUUUUUUCUUGAUAAAAAGAAAAGAGAAUGGAGGUGGUUGUGGUGCUGAAUUCCAUGCCCAAUACCAAAAUUGUUUCUGGCAGUUCAAUUGCAGAACUAUUAAUAUAUACAUGAAUACAAUUUGGAGGGGCUAAAAUAAAAGUUCAGUCUAAGGCCUUUUUGGAUCAAUGGAAGCCAUUCCACUUUUUGUUAAUAUCCAUAUUUCUCUUUACUGAAUUUUGUAUUUAGGAAUCCUCUUGUUGCCAAAAUAAAGUUUAUGGGGAUUGUUGCUUGAAUCAAAAAGAUUAUUUACCUUCACCAACUAAUGAAAAAAAGGUAAGUUAUUUGAUUAACACACUCCCCCUUUCCUAUUUUUGUUUGUUUGAUUGUAACAAUUGUUGCUGGCAAGAACAAAAUCGGUAUAAAAAGAGAAUUCCUGGAUGCCAAGAUUCACGUUUGGAGCAGGUAGUAUUUGGAGACAGAACCCUAGCAGAGAUUGAAAAUCACAAAAUAUGCAGCAAAGCGGGGAAAUAUAUGUUGUUAGACCUUUAAAAUAUGCCCUUGUGAGUUCCUUCCAUAGUUGCCCUCUUCCCCAUCAUAGAAAAAGACUACAAAUUUGGCAAGUUAAAUGGUUUACUUACAAACUCUCCAAAGAUCAGAUUCAUGUGCUUUUUCGUACAUCUGUCAGAAAACACAGGCAGUGAAACUUGGCCUAGUUACAGUGGUGAAAGUUCCUUAAUUAUUGGUAUAGGAACACAAAAAAGGCUUGUUAGAGCCAUGUGGCUAAACUGCAGCAAUUGUUAGCCGCUUCACGAGCUUCUCAGGUGGACUGGGCUAAACAAAGGCCACUGUUCACGUGGAAGAGAAUGAUUCAGGUUAAACCCAAGAGCCAGAGAAAGUAAGUAGAUGGAAUAGGCAAAGACCCAUAGCACUUUUUCCUGCCACUGUAUAAUUGAAUGAAUCAUAGCCACCCUAAUAUGAGAUGAUAGCCUUAUGGUAAUAAAGGCCAAUAACAAUAUGAGAUGAUAGCAUAACACAGUCACAGUGAUAAAUGCCAGUUCUUCGGGGCGAAGUCUGAAAUCUAUACCCAACUUAAUAUUCAGUUUUGAAAAUACACACUCUUGUUGAUGGAAAUUCACACGUGUGUGUACUGUCUUUCUCUUUUUAAGAUUUGUACAGCACUAUUUUCUGCAGAAGAAUGCCAGCCAUUGGAUCCCACCCAAGAACUAAUAUUUCCGCCAGAACUCAUAGUAAGAAAAAUUAGCAUACAUACAGCAUGUUGUCUUACAGCUUAGAGCCAAUUUCCACUAUCAUUUUAAUGUGAUAUUUGGGCUACUGGGUGAGUCGUGAACACUGAAUUUGUGAAGAAGCAACCUUGUUCUGUCCCACGAGUCCAAAUACAGACCAGGACGAAAGUUUGCCUGAUGCCUCGCAGGACCCUGUUGCAGGGAUUCCAAGGAAAGAUGCACAGAAGGCCAGGGCGAUCAGCUCUAGUGCUUUAUAACAGAGAUAAAUCAAGAGACUUGCAGCAGUGCAAUGCAAGGUUCCUUGCCACCGCACCUCAGGGCAGAUGUUGUAGGGGCAAACACCAUGGCUUUGUCCAUGAGGGGCCAUUUGUAUAUGAGUUACUUAUACAAAAAGCAAGCUAUGUAAGCUGGCAGCAAUAGCCCAAUUAACCAUCCCUGGCUUAGAGACCUGUUCCCCACUUCCGUCCAUCUCUCAGAUAUGGGGGUGGCUGGCAGGCAGGCAGAGUGAGGAGUCUCCCCUCUUCCAACUAACUGAACCAAAACUAAGGUUUCAGAGCUUCAAAACAAGCAGAAAAUCGUGUGAUUUCAUUUUACAGCUCACAUCCAUUAGUUAUAUUGACUACCAAGAUGGUGUUUACAGGCCUUUGGGGACAUUUGGUUCUAUACACAACCAGCUCUGCCAGCUCUGAUAGCUUUACUGUAUGCCCUGAUUGUAGAAUGCCUUACUAAUAUAAAGCUUCUGAAGAUAGGCUGAACUUAGCAACUGGUGAACCAUCCGUUUGACCUGAGUUGGAGCAGCUGGCCAAACGCUUUGCCAACAUUGGGGUUUGCCAUCCAAUAGCUUAUCUACAACUCCAGUGUAGUGUAGUGGUUAAGAGCAGUAGACUCGUAAUCUGGUGAACCGGGUUCGCGUCCCCGCUCCUCCACAUGCAGCUGCUGGGUGACCUUGGGCUAGUCAAACUUAUCUGAAGUCUCCCAGCCUCACUCACCUCACAGAGUGUUUGUUGUGGGGGGAAAAGGGAAAGGAGAAUGUUAGCUGCUUUGAGACUCCUUCGGGUAGUGAUAAAGCGGAAUAUCCAAUUCAAACACUUCUUCUCUUCUUCCCCAUACCUAAAAGUUGUCCUAAGGCUGCCAGUGUGGUAGGGCAGCAGUGCUUAACUGACCUCCCACCAUCCAUGUUGCUGUAGUGUCCUGGGAAGGAGAGGGGCAAGGUCAGUGCAGUUCAAAUGCACUCCAAAGCAUAUCAAACCUCUGAAUCUGAUACUGUUUUCCCUACAGAAAAUGGCUGAAGAUCAGACACCACAAACUCUUGUUUACCAUGGGGAAAGGACUGCAUGGAUUUCUCCUGUAAAUCUAAAUGAACUUCUGGAACUGAAAGCCAAGCACCCCCAGGCACCUCUUGUAGUAGGCAAUACUGCUGUAGGUAUGUAGAUUCCAUACAUAUAGGAGCAGCUCCCCCACUAUGAGCUAUUGAAAGUCAGCUCCUGGUGAAGGUUAGAUGAUUUGUAGGUGAUCUGUCUGUAGGCCAUGGUUUCAUGGAGCUGCUGUGAUUUAUUCUUUCGGUAGAAUUUCGGUACCGUAUUUUUCGCCCCAUAGGACGCACCGGCCCAUAGGACGCACCUAGUUUUUGGGGGGGAAAUAAAGGAAUUUUUUUUUAUUUUCCCCCCAGGUGCGCUGCGCUAAGCCCGAAGCUUGGGGCGUGCUGAGCUCAGCGCGCCCCAAGCUUCUGGGUGCCGGCAAGGUCUCCACUAGCCGUGGGAGAGCCGCGCGGCUCUCCCACGGCUAGCGGAGCGCUGCGCUAAUCCCGAAGCUUGGGGCGUGCGGAGCUCAGCGCGCCCCAAGCUUCUGGGUGCAGGCAAGCUCUCCGCUAGCCCUGGGAGAGCUGGGUCUCCCACGGCUAGCGGAUAGCUUCCUGAAGCCUGGAGAGCGAGAGGGGACAGUGCGCACCGACCCUCCUCGCUCUCCAGGCUUCAGCGAAAGCCUGCAUUCGCCCCAUAGGACGCACACACAUUUCCCCUUCAUGUUUGGAGGGGGAAAAGUGCAUCCUAUAGGGCGAAAAAUACGGUAUAUCCUGUUACUGUAAUACCAGUAUAUGUAUCGCUGCGCACGUUGAGAUCCCCAAAGGAGCCUUGCUUUGUGGCCCUUCGUUUGCAGUGAUCAAAUCUGAGAAAUCACAUGGUGGGAUUUUUUUCUGUGGGGACAGCUUUUCAUUUACAAUACUCUGCCAAGGAAAUUCUGUUUGGCCCAGAAUACACCCACACCUAUACAUACACAACACCUGUUACCAGCAGUAAGUCUACUCUCUGGUUACUGUGGUACAUUUUAAUCUUAUGGUGGCAUAUUUUAAAGUGCAGCAUUUUUAUGUUAUUGGAUUUUCUCUACAGUGGCACCUCGGGUUACAUACGCUUCAGGUUACAGACACUUCAGGUUACAGACUCUGCUAACCCAGAAAGAGUACCUCGGGUUAAGAACUUUGCUUCAGGAUGAGAACAGAAAUCAUGCAGCGUCGGCGCAGCGGCAGCACGAGGCCCCAUUAGCUAAAGUGAUGCUUCAGGUUAAGAACAGUUUCAGGUUAAGAACAGACCUCCAGAACAAAUUAAGUUCUUAACCCGAGGUACCACUGUACUUUUAAAACAUUCUCUAGAUUGUUACUAGCUUUAGAGUACUUCAUAUCCCAUCUGUGAGUAGAAAAAGUGGCUCACAAUUUUUACAAACAAAUAUUUUCAAAGGUUUAAAUUGCAAUCAAGCAACAUUCCCCUUCCUCCUCAUUUUCACUGUUAUCUUCUGCCCUGUAGGACCUGAUAUGAAAUUUAAAGGUGUAUUUCAUCCACUUAUCAUCUCGCCCACUAGAAUAAUGGAUCUGUAUGUUGUGGAACGCACAGAAGAUGGUCAGUAAACUUUUGUUUUCUAUCUUUGGGCCCCAUUAGCAGUUUUAAGAGCAGUGGGAUCAGUUUGAAAGUGCACACUGUGCUCCAUUAAACGAUUAAUUUUUUCUCUUGAUGAGUUCUGAAAAAGCAGUUCCAGCAUGUGUUUUACUCUUAUGUUUUACUCUUUUCAGGACUAAUUCUAGGAGCUGCGUGUAGCCUGACUGCAGUGAAAAACAUUCUGACAGAUGCGGUCUCAAAACUUUCAGCAGAGAAAACCAAGAUAUUCUCUGCUCUUUUGCAACAAUUAAAAACUCUGGGUGGACAGCAGAUCCGAAACGUGGCUGUAUGUUUCCUUAAUUGAAACAUUUUUACAAAUGUUACCUUGGAUUACUGUUAACUGAGAAACAAAUAUUUUCCAGUUUAAUUUGUUAACGUUGAUAUUGUGUUUCAUUUUUUUGUGUUGAAACUGCAUUUUUCCUUCCCUUUUUUUGUUUUUAGUCCUUUGGAGGAAAUAUCAUAAGCAGAAGUUCAACAUCUGACAUCAAUCCUAUUCUAGCAGUUAGCAACUGUAUCCUCAAUGUGGCAUCGCAAGGUAGGGCCAAAUGCAUUCUCGGUUUUCCGUCACACUCUGUAUUAUCCAAACCUUCCAAAUCUCUUUUAUGUAUUUGGAACACAUUGAAGGCCCUGGGAAGCCAUCUGCAGGCCUGUGCCCUUGAGGGAGCUAGGGAUAAGGCUGUGGCUAUGAAAUUUGCUUGUGAGGAUAUUUCUUUCUUUCUUUCAUUGGCACAGGGAGUGUAAGCUGUGUAGCGCAAUCCUAUACAUGUCUACUCAGAAGUAUUCAAUGGGACUUUCCCCAGGUGAAUUUGUAUGGAGUUGCAGCCUUCAUCGUAUUUUUGUUCUUUUCACUCUAAUCCCUUUCUCAAUAAGGAACUCUAAGGUGCCAGUGUAUUCUUUUUACAAAUAAGCAAAUAUCUCAGUGAGGACUGGAAUGAAGAUCCUAUUACAGUGGUACCUCUGGUUACAAACAUAAUUCGUUCCAGAGGUCCGUUCUUAACCCGAAACCGUUCUUAACAUGAAGCGCGCUUUCACUAAUGGGGCCUCCUGCUGCCGCCGCUCGGCUGGCACGUGACUUCCGCUCGCAUCCCGGGGCAAAGUUUGCUACUAGGAGCAUCUACUUCCGGGUUAGCGGAGCUCGUUACCCAAAGCAUUCGUACAUAACCCAGGGUUCCACUGUAUUUCCUUCUUAAGGCCUUUGAUAAAUUCAUUCAUUCACUAGCUGAGUUUCCUGCUGCCUGCUUAUCCUACUAAGGACAUGUUUUUGAUGCCAACAUCAGCUUUCUUUUGGGGGUAAAUAGCAGCUUUUGUGGACAAGAGAGGUGAUUUUCAUCAGGACCACAUCACGGCAGGGGACGGGGUGGGACCCCUCCACCUGUAGUCCUAACCUGAAUCAGGGUCUCCUGCGGUUGUGGUGCACACAACUGUGAAGGCCCAUUUAAUGCAAUGUGUAGUUUGGCACAGCAAUGCUUUGUAUGUUACAUUAAGAAAGGCGCAGUAUGCUAUCUCACAAACCAGGCUUAGUUGGAGAGCCAGUGUGGUGCAGUGGUUAAGAGCGGUAGACUCGUAAUCUGGUGAACCGGGUUCGCUUCCCCACUCCUCCACAUGCAGCUGCUGGGUGACCUUGGGCUAGUCACACUUCUCUGAAGUCUCUCAGCCUCACUCACCUCACAGAGUGUUUGUUGUGGGGGAGGAAGGGAAAGGAGAUUGUGAGCAGCUUUGAGACUCCUUCGGGUAGUGAUAAAGUGGGAUAUCAAAUCCAAACUCCACUGUGCAAAACCUCAUGGGCAAGGCACACUUCUGUUAUGAUGGGAAGACUUGUGUGGCAAGUAUGCACACGUGUUUCUGGUUGUUUGCAUACAUUCUUUGCAAAGCAAUUUGUGGAACACUGGAUGUUGCCUUAUACGGAAUUAGGACAUUGGUCCAGCUAGAUCAGUGUUAAUACUGACAGGCAGUGACUCUUCAGGGUUUGGACAGGGGUCAUUUGCAGCUCUACCAGGAGAUGCCAGGGACAGAAUCUGGGGCCUUCUGCAAGCAAAGCAGAUGCUUUACUACUGAGCUAUGGCCCUUACUGUGUAAGAACCUUGCACCCUUACAAGUUUAGGUAGAUAUAUUAAAAUGCAAGGGUGUGAGACUCCCAAAAGAAUUCCGACUUAGCUCUGGCACACUUUAAUAAUUAUUAUAGGGGGUAAAGAGAAAGUGAUCACUCCUGCCACCUAAGUAAGAAAGCCAACGGAAUUGCUUUGGGUUUCUGCAACCUACAUGCAUAACUAGUCCAGAAUUUUCCAUGUCAGCCAAGCCAAAAUGAUCGCUCUAUGAUCUCUUUACAGUGCUUAGUAUUUAUUUUCAAUUUGUAUGGAUGUUAAUGUUCUCUGUUAGGGAGGCUGCGACAGAUUCCUUUCAGUGACCUUUUUGCUGAUGGACUUGGAAACAAUACCCUGGAACCAGAGGAGAUCCUAGUGUCUGUUAAAAUCCCACAUUCCAGGAAGGUCAGUAGUCUUUCCUUUUCCUUUAAGAUUGGCAAUUAUAAAAAAAAAUGUUAGAUGACAAUCCACAACAUGCAUAUUUUGGCAAAUGUCAAUGUUUUUGCAACAUUCAGAUUGGUUUGGGAAUGGAACAUGAUACGUUCAUAAAUAAGUGAACAGUCUUAAAUGGGGACCGCAAGGGCAAAGUGCUUUCUUAAUGGGACUGCCAAUCCUUGCCCAAAGGCUAUGCCUCGUGCUUCAAGAGCUCCAGGGCUUUGAACCAUCUGUAGUGCGGACCCUGCUCUCCCCAUACUCUAUUCAGCUUGCUGUGAAAAAUUGGAAUCAAACUGACUGCAGCAUGUAGGGGAGAAUAUAUAGCAGUAGCCUCCAAAUUUAAUCUAAGGCACGAAGGCGGUCUGCAACUGCUAUAAGAGGAAUACAGCCUUUUAAACUUAGAUUUGAAUACGAUCCAGGGGAGAAAUUAGGAAAAACCUUUCUCCCAGUUUUCAAUGGUCAAGUUGUGAGUGCUGCUGUGGAAUGUCCUGUAAUAAAAGGUGGCAUUUCAAAAUGUUGUAGCCCAACUAAUCUCUCUUUUUUAUUCUGAUUCCUAUCCCUUUUCAGGGUGAGUUUGUCGCAGCGUUUCGACAAGCUCCGAGGCGGGAAAAUGCUUUACCUAUUGUUACAGCAGGGAUGAGGGUUGUCUUUGAAGAAGACUGCAACAUCAUCAGGGACUUCCGCAUAUGUUACGGAGGUGUUGGCUUCACUACAGUUGCCGCCAAGCAAACAUGUCAGGCGCUCAUUGGAAGGUACUAUAUGAUUUCCUGUAGCAUUGACACCUUUUAGACUGAAAGCUCACCCCAAUGGUAGCAGUUUCCUAAGUAAGAGGCGUCUAGAUAAGCUGUGAGUUCUCAAAUACUAAAAUCAUAUUGUUGCCAAAUAAAUGCUCGACAUGCAGCAAUUAAAUGGACAAAUUAUAUAAAAUAGGUUGUAAGAUUAUUUCAGACCUUAUUGUUCUUCAGAAUUCCUUUUGGAUUCAUCAACACAAUGGAACUAUCUUUACUUUUCUAUUCUGUUCGUCUUUGAUCACACAAACUCACAAGUGGGCAAGCAGUUCAGUACCAAGAGUUAAACAAGUUCUGCCCUCUUGUGAAAUCAUUUUGUAUUUUCUGCAUAUUUUAAGCAUUUUAAAUUUAUGAUGUAUUUUUAAAAAUAUAUGAUGCAUGCAUGCAUGCAAUGUUUAAUGAUUUUCAGUUGCCUUGAGUAUCUUAGCAGCUAUUUCUAAAUUUACAUCUGUGCAUAUAAGUUAGCAUAUGCCAUUACUUCCUGUGCUCUUAGGGUAGAGUCAUGGAAAUUAAUGGACCUAACUUAGUCAGGUUCAUUAAUUUCAGUGGGUCUGCACUGAAUAAAACUUAGUUGAAUACCAUCCUUAGUUAAUGAAGUUGUCACUGUUUACGUUAACUAGAUUUGGUGGACAGGCUAUACUUAUUCUAGUUAGUCUUAUUUUGAAAUGGAACCGAAGAAACAGUCAUUAAAAGAGUUGAAAAACAUAUGCAGCCUGACUCCUUGGUUCUAGCCCUCUACGAUUGUUCUGACCUCCAAAUUUACCACAGUAGUUAGGAGGGCUGCUACAUAGGUCUUUAAAAAAAUUAAACUGGAGUUUGUACAGUUUUAAACAGGAACACCUUGGGAUGGGGGUCCUUUUUGUAAGCUGUGCACAUCUUCUUUAACCAAAAUACAGAAAUCAGAUCCACUUACUUCAUAGCAAAGGAAGAUACUCAUAACUAAGGCACCCCAAAAUAUCAAUCCCCAUUGGAAUAGUGAAUCUGUUUUGUUUCCUUGAUGUACAAUAACAGUGUGCUGCAGAAUGCAUAUUUUAAGUCUUUCCCCCAUUAAGAAUCUAAUUUGUAUUUUACUGAGAUAGCCCGUUGGAAUAAAAACUUCAUGAUCAAAACUCUGGGCACUAUUUUUGUGCUAGUGCAAGGCGAUUUUUCCUCCCAUGUAUGCUUUGCUCUGUCUUCAAACCUGUUCUGUGGGGUUGAGUGAAACCCUCCCCCCCAGUCAGAUUUAGGGAGAGGGGGAGAUUGUACCAAUGUGCUAUGCUGAAUACAGUUGUGCUGGUCCCGGGGGGGGGGUUACCGUGAGACGUGGUCAGAGUCCAGUCCUGGGCCGAGGGUCUGGAGACUGUCCACCAAGGGCGAAGCAGGGUCCAAUGCAAGAAGCCGGGCGUCUUGGGAACUCCGGAGGAACAUGUCUGGGUGCUGGCAGAAACAGGUUUCCAACGUCGUUGCUCCCGCAACCUGGGACUGGGCCGACUGGCCUUUAUCUCCUCUGAGGCCAGGGGUGGUCCCGGCCCACAGGUGACCCACCUCUCCUGGCCUUAAGGUGAGCACUCCUCCUGAGAGAACCCAGUUCCCUCCGCCUCUCUGCCCUGAGCCUCUGCAGCUCAGGAGAGGCUGGAGGGUUAUUGGACCCAGGGGCAGCUUCACCUUCCCCUGACAGGGCUGGGAGAGGCGCACCUGCAGGCAAUGGGCCCUCAAUCACCUCCGGAGCCAGAGCGGAUUCAGCUGGUGUCUGCUCCUGAGGAUCCGGCACAGGUGCAGGCCCUUCAGAUUCAAGCCCCUGCCCCGGCUCAGCCGGCCCUGGAGGCGGGGACUCCUGUGCAGGCUGGGACUCCUCAGGUUCAGAUUCUGAAUCAGAUUCCCAGGCCAUCACAACAGUCCUGUGCAUUUAGAGCUGUGAUCCUAUAGGAAAUGAAUAGUAAGGAUACAACUACUGUUGUUCUAAUAGUAGAUCUACAACUACUGUUUAGUUUGCCUGCUUACUGAGUAUAUAUAAUUCUUUAUUUUUCCAGACCUUGGGAUGGGCAGAUGCUGGAUGAAGCUUGCAGAGCAGUCCUCAAAGAAAUUAUUCUCCCAAGUUCAGCUCCAGGUGGUAAAGUGGAGUACAGAAAAACUCUCAUUGUUAGUUUCAUCUUCAAAUUCUACUUGGAGGUGUUGCAGUCACUGAAGAUAAUGGUAAUUUUGAUUUGUAUUGAUUCCUGUUUUGCAGUUAUAUGUGACCAGCCUGAUUCAUAAACUGUUUAAAGCCAAAGUGUUGGGUAAAUGACGUUAGCAUGCCUGCAUGCCUACAUAAUUCAGUUUCAUUUCUGGGUGGAAUUUGAAGGGAGCAGUCUCAGGGUGAGCAGCCUACCAAGUUACUGUAUUUUUCGCUCCGUAAGACGCACUUUUCCCCUCUUAAAACCUAAGGGGAAAUGUCUGUGCAUCUUAUGGAGUGAAUGUAUGGUCCCUGGGGCUGGGGGGGGGGGCGGGCUUCCCUCGCCAGCCCCACAAGCUCGGGGAGCAGCGGGAAAGCUGUGCGCAGCCUUUCUGCUGCUCCCCGACCUGCUCUUUGGGGCUGGCGGUGACUUUCCCCAAAGAGCAGGUCAGGGAGCAGCGGGAAGGCUGCUCCCCGUGCUUGUGGGGCUGGUGGUGGGGGAAAGCCGUACUUUCCCCAACCACCAGCCCCGGCGAGCAGCGGGAAGGCUGUGCGCAGCCUUUCCGCUGCUCCCCGACCUGCUCUUUGGGUCGAGCAGCUCUGGGGUAGCCCGCGAAGCCUCCGCAGGGCAGCGGGGAGCCUUCAUCCCGCUGCCCUGGGGAGGCUUCACACGGCUAUCCCUGGCUUUUGCGUGAGGUGGGGGAAGGGACAAAGCAAGGCUCUCUCACUUCCCCCACCUCCAGCAAAAGCCCCCAAGAGCUGCAUUUUUAAUUUAUUUUUUCUUGACCCCCCCCCCAAAAAAGUAGGUGCGCCUUAUGGUCAGGUGUGCCUUAUGGGUGUGCGGUAUUUUAGAAGCUGCGUCCCAGUCUGCCUAAUUGUUGUCUUGGGAGUAUUUUUAUUUAUAAUUAUAAUUUCUAGAUGUUUUAAGGUGAAAGUAAUAGAUGUUGUGGAGAAGGAACUGGCAAAAACCACUCCAGUAUUUUGCCAAGAAAGCUCUGUGGACAUAAAAAAGGAGAAGCUUUGAGAAGAAAGUGAGAGUUUCCAAGGCAUGCUCUGGUUCAUGGGGUUACGGAGAGUCAAACACGACUAAGACGACUAAACAACAACAGUAGAUGUUGAGCCAGGAAAUCACUAAACUAUAUAAUGCAUUUAGUUUGCUUAUAUUCCAUGCUGCAUUUUCUUCUGAUAGCAUUUGGAGGAAGGGGAAGUCUUGAGACUAUGUUUUGCCCCAGGUUAUGUCUCUAUGGCUCUGCUACUAGAUCAUACCAAAGGCCCCUCUAAGUCUGACAUCCUCUUCUCACAAUGACCAAUGAGGUGCCUAUAAAAAGAGAAGACCCACUAUUCUUCCGCACAUGCUUGAACAUAUCCUUAUUUUUGGAUUCUGUCCCUUUUUGCAAGGAGCGUGGGACAGUUCAUUUUUAAACAUUCAAAAACUUUUUAAACUGAAUUACACUUAAUUGUGUAUGGAGAGGUGUGUGUCUGUGUGCAUGUUAACUUUAGAACUGGGUUUUAAUUAAAUGUUUCCUUUUUAUAAAAUGUGACAAAUCAUUUUCUUAUAGUAUCCUACUCAGUAUCCUGAUAUCCCAGAUAAUUAUGCAAGUGCCCUUGAAAGUUUCCAUACAAAAAUGCCACAGAGCAUGCAAAAGUAUCAGGUGAGCAGAAUUACUUUAGUAUGACCCUAUUACACAGAAUGCAUUAUUUCAAAACUGUGAUUUUGAGGGGUUUUGGAAUAUCAGGCUUUGACAUCCCUAAGUGUUAAACUAUUGCUGCCUUCUUAGAAGUCAGUCCUUGUUAUCUUAGCUUUCUUGUCAGAUCAGUGAGCUUUGUUAGAUUAGUGAGCUGUUUCCAAGGUGGAAUGAGAGGUGUUCUAGAGAGUCAUUGAUUUCAGCUUUUUUAGUCUAUACAUUGAAGGACUACGGAAGCUAAGGGAAACACAGUCUGCUUUCAUGCUAGGUAGAAGUCUCAUUCACUUGCAUGUUAUGGUAAAAGUAUUAGGUAAAAGUUUGGCACUAGCUUGACUGAAAGAGUUGAACUAAAACAUCAUGUGGAUAAGCCCUGAUUUCUCUUCCUUACAGUUUAGGAUGCAGUUUAUCUCAUUGUGAUUGCAAUGGGGGGGGGUGGAUUGUAGAAAGGAGAAAUAGUUGGCAUAUAAAAGAAAAAGAAGCUAAAGCAAAGGGUCGUCUUGACUUUUUUGUAUUUGAUUUGUGGCUUUCUUUUCUUUUUUUAAUUAAAAAGGACGUGGAGCCAGGACAGCUUCCUCAAGAUCCCGUAGGACGUCCAGUCAUGCACCAGGCCGGUACUAAACACGCCACAGGGGAAGCUAUUUAUUGUGAUGACAUUCGCACCGUUGAUGAAGAACUCUUCUUGGCUUUAGUAACCAGUUCUAAACCCCAUGCAAAGAUUGUGUAUGUGCCGCAAUAUAGAAAACUAUAUAUAUUUGUGUGUGUGUGUGUGUGUGUGUGUGUGUGUAUGCCACCUGCCCCUUCAUGGAUCACUGCCUUGUCGUGGCGAAGGGGCUUUAAUAACCCCAAGAAGCUAAGAGCUAUGCCGUGCAGGGCCACCCAAGACGGACAGGUCAUAGCUCAGAGUUUAGACUAAAUGUGAGAAGGAACUGGCAAACCACUCCAGUAUUUUGCCAAGAAAACUCCACGGACAUAAAAAAGGAGAAGCUUUGAGAAGAGAGAGUUUCCAAGGCAUGCUCUGGUUCAUGGGGUCACGGAGAGUCGAACACGACUAAGACGGCUAAACAACAACAAUAUGCCACCUGAUCUUAUAAGAUAAGAAGUUGUGGUGUAUAACAAUAAAUUCAAGUACAAUAUAACGGAAAACACUGUAAAAACAGUACAAAAUAAGCAUGAUGUGGCAUGUAAUAGCUGCAUGUAACCCAAAUAUGAGGGAGGUACAGAGUACUGUCACCUCCUUCCCUCCCCCCCCCCCCAGUUUCCUUACCAGCCCUGUCUCCAUUUCAGUGUCGAAGCGACACAUCCCACUGCUUCCCCACCCCAGUCCCAUAGCCCCUUUAGUCUUUGCCAGCCCCUUGGCCCAUCUCAUCCUCAUUCUGCCAUGUACCUCCUUUUCUCACCGCCCUUGUCCCAGCAACCUGUGAAUAACUGUUUCUGCUCUUAUUGUUAGUUAACUUGUUUGCACUGCUUCUUGCAGAUCAAUUGAUCCUUCAGAAGCUCUCAAGAUGUCAGGGGUAGUUGAUAUCGUUUCUGUUCAGGAUGUCCCAGCAACGAAUGAGUUCUACAACUACGAUGUCCCAGAUAUUGUGUUUGCCAGAGAAAAGGUAUGCCACGUUUAAUCAUCAACAGUUCAUAGUUAUUUAACUAUUUAUUUUAAUUUUGUUAAUCUAAAUAAGAAUUGACUCAUUCUCCAUUGUAUAUAUACUUUGUUUUUUGUUUGAGUAUUUGUUUCUAUUGCAUUAUUAUUUAAGUGUUCACUGAUUUGUCUCACUUUUUAUCUCUGUAAUAUUCCCCUUCCAGGGACAGUGUGUGACAGUUUCUUGACUGGGCUUCAUUCGCAGAGUACUUUUUCACACUGUAUCUCAGCUAAUGAAAGGAAAGUGUGGGACAAUUGGGAAAAGUGCAGCUUUCAACUAGCUCCUGAAAUUAUGCAGAUCCCACAGUUUGGUUUGUGCACCAGUGUGCAACCAGCAAACCACUGACUUUCUACGUUAAUUAUACAAGUUAGCUGUGCCCCAGUGUGGAGCCAAUAUUGAACCAACUUAAAUAUUUGUGCUGAGGUUUAGGAUACACACUUUUUUAUAUAAAAAAGAGAUAACUUUGUAUAUGUAUGUAGAGUAGGCCCACUAUUGGUGUUUCCUGCUUGGCAGGGGGUUGGACUCGAUGGCCCUUGUGGUCUCUUCCAACUCUAUGAUUCUAUGAUUUACGCAGGAGUUACAUUCUGGGGAUAACGACUAAAACCAAAAUCAUGUACAGUGGUACCUCGAGUUACAUACGCUUCAGGUUAUAUACGCUUCUAGUUACAGACUCCGCUAACCCAGAAAUAGUGCUUCAGGUUAAGAACUUUGCUUCAGGAUGAGAACAGAAAUUGUGCUCCGGCGGCACAGCAGCAGCGGGAGGCCCCAUUAGCUAAAGUGGUGCUUCAGGUUAAGAACAGUUUCAGGUUAAGAACGGACCUCCGGAACGAAUUAAGUACUUAACCCAAGGUACCACUGUAUAGUCUAACACACUGGGGACUCAGCUAUACAGCUGCAAAUAAAACUAUUAAGUGCAAUAUACAAUGUGACACUAGAUGGCGAUGGUGAGCCUUAUGGAAAAAUCAAUAUAUUUUUAAAAACGCUUUUUUAAAUAGCAUUUUCAGAAUGGUUUUUAUGUGUGUGUGGAUUCCACCUGGGUUCAAUGGCAGGUGGGAUCGCCAAAGUCAUUUCCCCCAGAAUUAUGCCCCCUUUUUAUUUUUAAAAUUACAUGCGUAAAGCUGAAUGCACACUAGUUAAAUGUGUGUAAAUUGUGGGCUUAUUGCAGUUUCAUCAGCUUUCUGUGGAAUAUGUGUGUCCAAAAGUUAAGACACUGGUUUUCUCUGGUUUUCAGGUGACUUGUGUGGGUCAGAUUGUCUGUGCAGUGGUAGCAGAUUCAGAUGUUCAUGCUAAACAAGCAGCUGCAAAAGUGAAAAUACAGUAUGAAUUUCAAGAACCUGUGAUCCUGACCAUUGAGGUAAAGAACAGCCUUUUCUUAACUGCUGCUGUCAUAAAAGCUAUUUAUUUGUACUACUAGUUACUUCUAUUAAAAUUCCAGGUGUCUGAUUCAGUCCACAACCCAGUUAAAUCAAAUUACAUUGAUUUAAAAUAAUCUAGUCCCAUUGUAGGGCUAAGUAGGCUUACAACCAGAUAUUCGGAUUUUACUAAUUUCCAUAUUGGCAGUCAGUCUGUUAUAACAGAAGAACCAAAGAGUCCUGUGGCACUUUAAAAACCGAGACAUCUUAUGAUGGUAUAAGCUUAUUGUGCCCUAAGCUUUGUUGCAUUUUAUGGAGCAGACUCUAGUAAACAAAAGCUUAUGCCAUAAUUGACUUGGUUAAUCUUUCAGGUGUUACAAUACUCGUUGUUGCUUCUGAUUUUGCUGCUCCACAGCCUGCCCUGUAAAUUGUGUUUUUGGGCAUGUCUAUAUUAAAUAUUCACAAUGCAUAAAAGUUUAAAUAUCAUGGCUUUCCCUCAAGGGGUGCUGGCAGUUUGUUCAAAAUAAACAGGUAGGGUGCUGAGCUUAGGUGUAUGUCUCUUCUGUUGCUGCAGGAGGCAAUAGAGCACAAUUCGUUCUUUGAACCACAGAGAAAACUGGAACGAGGAAAUGUGGAUGAAGUAUUUAAAGUCGUCGACCAUGUGCUUGAAGGUAAAUCGCAGCCUGCUGAUUCAAAACCUUACCAUGAAAGCCACAGAACAGACACCCCACCAUUUGCAGCAGGUGUGGGGAACAUUUGGCCCUCCAGAUGUUGCUGAACUGAGACUUCCAUCAGCCACAGCAAGUACUGCCAAUGAUGAUGGGAGCUGGAAGUUAAGCAACACCUGGAAAUCUAAAGGCUCCUUGUACCUGAUUUACACCCCACUCGUCAGUGCCCUUGGACUGAACACAAUACAAAUCCAUGCCUCCCAAACUUGCGAAUAUACAGUGGUACCUCGGGUUACAUAUGCUUCCAUUACAGGUUACACACUCCACUAAGCCAGAAAUAGUGUUUCAGGUUAAGAACUUUGCUUCAGGAUAAGAACAGAAAUCGGGCUCCGGCGGCAGCAGGAGGCCCCAUUAGCUAAAGUAGUGCUUCAGGUUAAGAACAGUUUCAGGUUAAGUACAGACCUCCGAAACGAAUUAAGUACUUAACCCGAGGUACCACUGUAGUUAAUGCACCAUACAAUGUCAGAAACAGCUAUUUGUUCAAUUUGAAUAUAUACCUUGUCAGAAAGCAGGUGCUUAACCCUAAUUCUCACACAGGCAAUAAUUUGUAACUUUUGCAUACAGGCAGACUUUUAAAGGCCCACCUGAUUAGUUGUGCCUCAUAAUUUCUGCCAUAGAGAAGUGCAACAUCUGCAUCCUUUCUUACUGGUGCCCUUUAUAAUAAUACUAGGCGGUUUGAGGCUUGGCAUUUCUAAGAUUGCAAAAAUGAACAUUUGUCUACAGUUAUGCACAAUGCAGUGUGGUUUUUCAUCCACUUUCUUCCCAGUCUCAAGAAAGCCAGGCUGCACACUUUUGGAUGUACUGAUUUAAGAUGUUCUCUUUUUGAAACAGGCGAGAUCCAUGUUGGCGGACAGGAGCACUUUUAUAUGGAGACUCAGAGCAUUCUUGCUGUUCCAACAGGAGAGGAUAAAGAAAUGAAUUUGUUUGUGUCCACCCAGCAUCCAGCGUUUGUACAGGUUAAGAGAGCUAUCUCAUAACAUGUUGCACAAGUGACAGCCACGUUCUCUGUGUCUUAAAGCCCUACAUUUAUUGGGCUCAGCAUAUCACUUCCUCUCUUAUGGGCUCCCACUGAUAUUUUGCUGCUACCUGGAAAUCAGGAUGCUACCCUGGAGAGGAGCUCCAGAAUGGGCUCUUUCUUACAUCUGCCGCCUGGCGCGCGGGCGCUCUGCUUCAGGGCACCCCUCGCGCCGGGCAGACAUCCGCAGCGUGGGGAGCCCUGCAGGAACUCCCGCGGGGCUCCCCACGCUGCGGAUAGCAGCCUGCCGCCCGGCGCACAGGCGCUCUGCUUCAGGGCACCCCUCGCGCCGGGCAGACAUCCGCAGCGUGGGGAGCCCUGCAGGAACUCCCGCAGAGCUCCCCACCCUGCGGAUAGCAGCCUGCCUCCCGGCGCGCGGGGUGCCCUGAAGCAGAGCGCACAGCGUGCCGGGCAGACAUCCGCAGCGUGGGGAGCCCUGCGGGAGUUCCCGCGGGGCUCCCCACGCUGUGGAUAGCAGCCUGCUGCACGGAGCGCGGGGCGCCCUGAAGCAGAGUGCCCCACGCGCCGGGCAGACAUCGGCCAGCCCCACAAGCUCGGGGGACAGCUGGGAGGCGCAGCGCUGCCAUACCGCUGUUCCCCGACCUGGUUUUGGGGGGGAAAUAAAGGGGAAAAAAUUUUCCUUUAUUUUCCGCCAAAAAAACUAGGUGCGUCCUAUGGGACGGAGCGUCCUAUGGGACAAAAAAGACGGUAAAUUGCUUUCCGCAGGUAGGAAACAAUAGACUCACAUAAGCCUUCAGCUAUGAUUAAUUUGCAUUUAUCAAUCAAUCUUUAUUUUUAUAUUUUUUAAUAAUAUUUAUUAAAGUUUAACAAUUCCAAGAAAGAAAUAAAAAGAACAACAAUUAAAGAAAUUACAAUACUUCAAAUAUAAAGAAAAAAAUAGAGGGGGAAAACAAAAACAAGAUACAAUAACUAAACAGUACAGCAGCUCAAUAAAAAAAGCAAAAGCAAAAAACAUUUAAAGACAAAAACAUUUUAAAAAGAAACGAAAAAAAAGAGAAAAAAAGAUCCGAUGUUUUCAUAUCUUUAUCUUUCAUUUACUUAUUUCCUCGACUUCCUCACACCUCCCUUUUUUGUAUUCUAAUUCAAUUAACUGUUUCAGCAAAUCCUUUCCCUCUUUCUCAAAUUUUGUUCUAUAAUUCGUCUUAACACAAUUUACCCUUAAAUUUUUCACUUAAAAAACCCUAAAAAUUUAGGACUUAUUUAAACUUAUCUCCUUAUAACAUUUCUACUAAAGCCGAAUAAUUUCAUUCCAACAUUUUCCUAAAGCUCAUUAACUUUACAAUGUUUCUUUAAAUAAAUUUUUAUAACUUUCUUCCAAUCUUCAUCCACCGUUUCUUCUUCCCGGUCUCGGGUUCUGUCAGUCCUUUAUGUUAAUUCCCUCUAGUCCAUCAACCUGGCGAUCUUAUAUCCGAGGCUCUUAACUCUUCUCCAUGUCCCUUCUGCGGAUCUUCUUCAAAUUUGUACUUGCCCUUUAUUUUGUCAUCUGUUGAUCUUAUUUUCCGUUUCUUUCCUUUAACACUGAGGAGUAGAUCUCUGAGAGACUCCAACUUAACAAUGUCUUUAACCCUUCUCAACAGAUCCACCCAUUCUCCAUAAUCAGCAUUAAAAUCCAAAGGAAGUUUCAUAGCGUGCUUCAAUGUCCCUCCAAGGUUAAUGGUUCCCACAGCUCCAGUUUCUCCCUGGCCCAGGACCAAAUCCCAUAGGUCUGGACAUCCCUGCGUUGGAAACCCACUUCCCAUCUCCAAUCCAGCUGGGACUCCAUCUCUCCAAAUAUCACUCACUCCAGGCUCAGGCAUCAGAAACAACAGCUUAUAAUCCUGCAAGGCCACAGCUCUCUUAACAUAUAUUACUUGAGGUUCGACAACAACCUCCUUCUUUGUCUUCUCCUCAACUUGCCCUGUCAGUGCAAAUUCCUGGGUUGAUUCCUGAAGGAUUUCCGUAUAAGUAUUCACUGCUUGUCCAAAGUUGUCAGUUGCAAUAAACAUCAAAUCCAUCUUUGCAUGUAGCUGCUCCAGCAAAGCACUUGUCCUGCACAAGGCAGACACUAAAGCUUCCUGUGUCGACAUUCUUGUCCAAGGUCAAAAAAUAUAUUUCUCACAAUCCUUAAUCUCUAAUGCUGGCUAGUUUCCCAGGUCCACUCCAGCAGCAAUUUCAAAGGCUCCCUCUAGGGGAUACAAUUUCCAAUUGUAUCCGUCUUUUUAGAAGCAUAUCCGGCAACAAAAUUACCUUCUUUUUUCAACUGUUUUGUUCUUUUUAAGUACAAAGAGAAACAUUGGAGUCAAAACGUUUCUCUUUCUUAACUAUCUGUCAGCACACCUUUUGUUUUCGGUCAAUUAACCUUCCCAAUACGUCUAUCUUUUGGCAGCCCGCUUCCGGGUUCAAGACAGUAGAAAAUUAUCUUUUUUUUACGCUCUCUCCUGCAGGCUUAAACAGUUCAAAAUUUCCCCCCUCUUCUCCUGCUUCCAGGGGGGAUUUAGUAGUUUGGACCGAUGGAAGUUUAGUCCUUUACAAAUAACUUUCUAGACUUUAGCUUGCGAUGUCUUUGCUUCAAACUAUUUACAAAAGCAGAAAGGUGGACUUCCUGUUUAGACCUUCCCGCUUCGGUGCCAAAUUAUACAGUUUUAUAAUCCAAUUUUCCAUUCUACUCACGAGUAGUUGUUUAAAAUCCAAUUGUUCACAGGAAAAAGUCAGCGCUCUCCGGCAACGGCUGUGUGGCUUCACUCCGUAAAAAUAGCAGUCGAUUCAAAACACCGCGCCACUCACCCCCCUUCGCUUCAGGACCCCGAAAAAGGGUUUCCCCGCGAGUAGGGGAGGUGCUCUUGGUGUCAGCCGAAUCCCACGUUCCCAGGCUUCCUCCGCCUGGGAUUUUUAAAGGGUCUCCGCCUUCGCUGCGGCGGCAAGACCCGAUUUUCGCGGAGCGGGUUCCUCUCGGUCAGAGGAACUCCGCCAUUGCCGAUGGCGCUAACCCGGAAGUCAUGUGCUUUUUCAAUCAAUCAAUCUUUAUUACGGUCCAGAGACCCAACAAAUUUGCAGUUUGAUUGAAUUUGCAUUUAUAGCAAAGCUUGUGCCUUACCUGAGUCUGCUAAUGUUCAACCACUUUUGGAGAAGAUUUAGGAGAAAAACAACAACCAGUCUCUGAAGUAUUUCUGUUGGUCCAGUAUUUAGCAAGGGUUUUUUUUUCCUUUUACUUUUUUAACCUAUGUGUUAUCCCGAAUUUGAGACACCUCUGAUUGUACCGGCAUAAUAAAAUAUUUGGUUUUGUGCAGGAAAUGGUGGCCUCCUGUUUAGGCACCUCAAGCAAUAGGAUCAUGUGUCAUGUGAAACGAAUCGGAGGGGCUUUUGGUGGAAAACUGUUGAAAACAAGUCUUCUGGCAUGUGUUGUUGCUGUGGCAGCUAAGAAGUAAGUGUGUAUGUGUGUGUAUAUAUACGAUAGCUCAUGAAGUUGUCUGUCAAAGCAGUGGAAUUGGAGGGGAUGGGAAAUUAAAUAAUGAAUAAGGCGGGUGAAACAUCCAUCCCAUUUUCAGAUGCUAAUUGGAACACAGUCAACAAGCUUUUAGAAAUUGAACGUAUCUAUUUUGAUACUUAAAGUAGUAUUGGAUGGAUUUAAAUGCCAGGAAGGAAUUGUCAUAAAACUCUUGGCAAAUGUAGAGAAGGUAUAUAUGGUUUGCCAUACUGUGCUGAGACCAACAGAGCCUCUGUUGAGACAGUAGCAUCGUGACUCAUUGAAAUAGAAAAAGACAGGAUGUCUACUGUAGCCCAAUGCAAUGGGUUGUUGUGCAAGUGGUUCCUAUCUCGAAGAAAGGCUGUGUUUUGGAUACAAAGCCACCAUUUCAGAUUUUAGUGGCAAGAGAUAUAUUUCACUGGUGCUGGACAUCCUCAUCUAAGGAUAAAACUAAAUUUCAAAAAACUGUGUAUGUUAAGAGGUUUUGUUGUGAUUACUUUUUUUGUACCUCAUAAAAUAUAGCCGUGUUACCAAGGUGAGAUCAAUUGGCCUUAUUCUUUUUUUAAACAAAGCGAUUUAUACUUUUUGCUGUAGCUGCUAACUACAUAGGCCAGGGGUAGCCAGUGUGACGCCUUCCAGAGGUUUUGGGCUACUAUUCCCAUCACCAUAAAUGAUAGUUAAUGUUGGGAUUUCACAUUGCAAGCCUGUUCAUGUUUACUGAGAAGGAAGCCACAUUAAGGGACUGGGGCUUGCUCCCUGAUUAAGUUUUUCAUUUUAUUAAAAAAAUAACAUACUUAUUCAGCUCAUUUAAUUUAAAGGUUUUGUCUCCUCUGGAUUUCAGCCAUGAUAAUAGCUAUUCUCUGUGCGUGUGCGCUUGGUAUGGGCGGGAUCAGUACUGGAACUAUUUCCUUAGAUGGUAGCAUGUGAAUAAAAUGCUGAAACAUGCUCAAAGUUGGAAAGACAAGCAUCCAAAGAAUUACUGAAGCAUUUAUUUGCUGCAUUUAUAUUCCACACCAGAAGCACUAUAGAGUUCCUGGGGCAGUUUACAAUUUUUUUAAAAAUGCAGUGUCAUACAAUAUGAUAGGAACGUUGCCAAAUUAAAAAGAACAGCACAAUUAAAACAGCAACAGACUCCAGUGAAUACAACCUCAAAGGAGCACAGUAGCUUAAAAGCACAACACUUAGCAGUCUAAAAAGUUAAGCACUUGAACACUCUAGGCUAUAAAAACAUGAUUUUCUUAGAGCGAAACUAGAUGGACUGUUAGACACAUUGUCUGUCGUGGGGUCCCCACACCCUUUUAAAUAGCAGCUGGCAGGGAGUGAAGCUGCUAUUUCUUCCCCGGAGGUGCAAAUCUGUAAAUAUUAGCUGGGCUGGUGGUGGAAAAAUCCAUAGGGAAAGGGGUUAAGCCAAAUCACCUCCACACACAAUGGAUGCUAUCAAAAAGAAAAGGGACCUACAGAUGGCAGCAGGCAGAUCCACACCAUACAUUAAAAGCACAUAAAGUGCCCAUUUAAAGCGCUUGGCUCUCCCCCCCACCCAAAGAAUUCUGGGAGAUGUAGUUUGCUAAGGGCCCUGAGAGAGUUCUGUGAUGGGGAAACUUCAUUUCCCAGGGUUCUUUGGUGAAAAACAAGUGCUUUAAAUGUGUGUUGAACGUUCUUUAAAUACAGUGGUACCUCGGGUUACAGACGCUUCAGGUUACAGACGCUUCAGGUUACGGACUCCGCUAACCCAGAAAUAGUACCUCAGGUUAAGAACUUUGCUUCAGGAUGAGAACAGAAAUCGCGAGGUGGCGUGGUGGCAGCAGGCGGCCCCAUUAGCUAAAGUGGUACCUCAGGUUAGGAACAGUUUCAGGUUAAGAACGGACCUCUGGAACGAAUUAAGUUCAUAACCCAAGGUACCACUGUAUAUGGUAUGGCUCUGCCCAACAUGUUUAACAUCACAACUAGUUUGGUGAUAGUAUAGUUCCCUUCCCGUUUGAUCCAUUGCCUAUAGUUCAAGUAUAUGGUAGUAGUUUAUGUGGUAGCAGUUAUUAUGAACAUGGAGCAGGGGUUUGGUUAUUCUAGAUGAAUAAACAUUGAUCACAUGUGUCUGUCUGCCAUAUGAUGUGCAGGGCUCCUAAGAAAAUGUUAAGCUACAUUAUCAUAAAAGUAGGCAUCAAAGGGGCGUUUUAGGCUUGGUUACAUAAAAUACUUUUUUUUUUGCAAACUUAGAAAAUAAAACAUGUUUCUCAAAGAUCACAAAUUACACUUUCACAUCUGUGCAAAAAGUGCUGUCUCUCUCUCUCCCUGCUUCAGUUUCCAUUCACAGCCACCACUGGUGUGAACAGCUUGUUUUGAACUUAAAGAGCUCUCUCCUUUUCCUUGCAUCUUUCCUCUGAUAUCUCCCACAUUCUACAGAAACCUGAAAUCUGUUUGAUGAUUACAUAAGUAUUGCAGUGGCACUCAUUGAGUUUUGCCGCCCGAGGCAGUAGUUUGAAUUGCCUAGUAGGUUGGGGCAGCCCUCUUUGGCACUCUCUACUUAGCUAUUUUUUUGUUUUCAGGACAGGCCAUGCAGUUCGCUGUAUUCUAGACAGAAGCACUGACAUGUUAAUCACCGGAGGCCGUCACCCAACCAUCGGCAAAUAUAAAGUAAGCAGCAGAAUUAACCUGUGUGUCAGAAUUUUUUCCUGCUUCUCAUCUUGCAAAUAAAUGUGUACAUCGAACAAUGCACUUGCAUCAAUUGUGAAUGCCACACAUGUAGCAUGGUACCUCAGAGGCUGAGCUGUGAAAGUAGAAAGUCACAGGCUCACAUUACUAGAGGUCCUUCAGUCCUCUUCAAACUUUGUUGGCAUUCUUCGUUGCACUCAAGGAACGCAGUUAUGGGAAAGGUAUCUACCCACAUGUGUUCCCUCACUCAUUUGCAACAUUCUUCUGCAAAUAGCAUCUCUCCCAUGCAGGCAAGAAACUGCAAAGGCAUGCUUGUCAGUUGCCUGGAGAAGGGACUGCACAUGUACAAGCAUAGUCACAUUGGAGAUGUGUGAAGUAUCCAAACAUGGCAGAGAUUGACUCUGCUGCUGCUACAUUCAGCUCACACAUUCAGGAGCUCCCAGCAAGCCAUUGUGUCUCAGUUUUUGAAAUGGUAUGAUGAGGAGUGUUCAAAGAGUGUUUGCAAAGAAGAUAACUAAGACUUCUAGGUUUAUUUGGUGGCUUCUAUGAAGGGUUUCAGCCCUGAUUGCUCACUGGAAGGACAGAUAGUGAAGCUGAGACUCCAAUACUUUGGCCACCUCAUGAGAAGAGAAGACUCCCUGGAAAAGACCCUGAUGUUGGGAAAGAUGGAGGACACAAGGAGAAGGGGACGACAGAGGACGAGAUGGUUGGAUAGUGUUCUCCAAGCUACCAGCAUGAGUUUGACCAAACUGCAGGAGGCAGUGGAAGACAGAAGUGUCUGGCGUGCUCUGGUCCAUGGGGUCACGAAGAGUCGGACACGACUAAACAACUAAACAACAACAACAACAAUGAAGGGUUGGCAAAAGGCUGUUUCAUAUCUCAUUCUUAUCAUCCAAACGCAUUCAAUGUAUUUGAAGCACCCUGAACCUUAUGAAGUGCUAUGUAAAUGCUUUAAAUAUUGCCCUAUUUUAAAACAUCAUAUUCCUCUUCUCACCUCUCAAAGCAACUUACAAAAGGAUAUACAGUGGUACCUCGGGUUACAUACGCUUCAGCUUACAUACGCUUCAGGUUACAGACUCCGCUAACCCAGAAAUAUUACCUUGGGUUAAGAACUUUGCUUCAGGAUGGGAACAGAAAUCGUGCUCUGGCGGCGUGGCAGCAGCAGGAGGCACCAUUAGCUAAAGUGGUGCUUCAGGUUAAGAACAGUUUCAGGUUAAGAACGGACCUCCGGAACGAAUUAAGUACUUAACCCAAGGUAGCACUGUAAUUAUAAUGAAAUGACUGGAUCUGCCUGCGGUCAACAUUGCAGUGAAAAUAGGGAAAGAUUUGGCCUCAUCUUCUGUGUUUAUUGCAGGGAAAGCUAUCCUUUUAACUGAAUGGUUGUUUGUACAUACAUAAUUUUAUUUGUAUGCCGCCUUUCCACAGUUCAAUCCAUGCUCAAGGUGACUUACAACAUGAAAAAAUACAUAACUACAAAACAACAAAAGUAAAUCACAAGGUCUAAAAUAAAGAUACGAAAAAAGAACAGCAAGCCCCACUCAAAAACCCUGAACACCCCCUGCAAAGACUAUAUUUUGCUGCAGUACCAUUUAAAUAAUAGAUAAGUGGAGAGUACUGGGCAUUAAGCUCAAAGUAGCCUGUCCUUUCAUUGAUCCAAUUUAGGUUGGCUUCAUGAGUGAUGGCAGAAUCAUGGCUUUGGAUAUCAAUUUGUACUUGAAUGGAGGAUGCACCACUGAUGAUUCUGUUCUGGUGAGUAUGUUUUAACCUGAAUGAUUUUUCAUGUUGUACAAUAGGAAAAUGAACAAAACACCACCUUCCUAUGAGAACAGUGGGGGAAAGGGCAGCUCUUAUGAGGAUGAAUGCAAUUUACUUAUGUAGGGUGAUUUUUAAAAAGCCGCUGUUCCCCUAGUUACUGAUAUUACCCUUGCUGGUACCUUUCCCAGGAAAAUCAGAGGCUCACUAUGUCAGGUUCCUAUUGGAAGACCGGACAAACGCUAGAACAUUAUCAGUGGCAAAGUUUUUAUCAGUGGUUGCAAGAACCAAUGAUCCCUAUCUUUAAGUCUGAACAAAAUGCUUGUUUAACCUUGAGGUAGGCUGUCUGAAUUGUGCAUUGCUUUGUAACGAUUUGUUGGGUCUCUGGACCAUAAUAAAGAUUGAUUAGUUGAUUUACUUAUGUAGGGUGAUUUUUAAAAAGCCGCUGUUCCCCUAGUUACUAUAUGUUACAGUACAUUAUCACCCGUCCAGUUGCAGGAGUUCAGUUUACAAUGUUUCAACAAUGAAAUCAGGUUAGAUAAAACAAGAAAGGUCAACAAUUAAAUCCAAAACAAAUAUACACACACAUACAAACCAGUGAAAAUGUUCAACUUGCCCAACGGCUUUUUAAUAUAAAUAAAUGUAUGGUAUGGCAUUCACCAUAAAUAACUGAGUGCAGACAGACUUGGGAUAUUUUGGCAAUGUGCAUUUUCCAGAAUACACAUUAGCUACAGCCACACACUACCUGAUCUUCAUAACAGAAGCUCCAGCAUGCAUACACCUGAAGGCAUGUGGAGGGGCAUGGCCCGAGACGUGUGCCAUCAUUGGGGCAUGGCUGGUGCGGUCCGGUUCUCUCCCUGCCCCCCAUUUGUGAAAAGAGGCUAGUGUUAAUAGGCCAGGGGAAGCCAACACGGUGCCCUCCACAUUCUGUUGGGCUACAACUCCCAUCGGCCCCAGCCUUGUGGUAAACACUCGGAGAUGGUGGGUGUUGCAACCAAACAACCUCUGGGGAGCAACACGUUGGCUCCAUUUAGCAAUAGGCAUUAGCUUUGAUUUGCUUCAGUUGAUUGUGGCACAUGGAAUCUGAACCUUAGCUUCUUUCUUGCCUGUUUGAUCCCAUUUUCAUUUCUGUGCGUUGUAUUCAGUCCUUUUAACCUCUGCUCAACUUGUUUCAGCAAGAGACCUAGUAGCAGCACAGCACUAACCAUCCCAGCUUUUCAGUGUUCUCCUUGCCAAAACAAUAAUGGAGGCAACAGCUUCAGGAGUUCCUGGAGAGGGGAGUGGGAGUGGUUAAUGCCAGUAUUAGAAGAAGGUCAUCCUAUGUUGCGAACGGCCCAGUGUUCUCUCAUAUUGUUGUUAUUCUCAUGCUCAGCUAUUAAUGUUCCCCUAAUGAAGGUUUCGGAGAUAAUGCUGCUGAAACUGAAUAAUUCUUACAAGAUUCCCAAUAUCCGAGCUCAUGCCCGCGCUUGCAAGACAAACAUGCCACCCAACACUGCUUUCCGUGGCUUCGGCUUCCCACAAGGAGGACUCAUUACAGAAGCCUGGAUAACGCGCGUUGCAGCCAGAUGUGGAUUAUUACCAGAGGAGGUAGAUUGGGGGCGGGGAGAAAGAGAAACUGCAUGCCUAUGGUUCUGAAAUUUUAAGAGUGAAUGAAAAAGUGCACCUGGUUGCAAAGGGCAUUCUGGGAAGAGGUGUGAGAGUGAAGGCUGGGUGUAAGUAGCUUAUGCACUCCCAGAAAGAAGAGACCUGAGUACACAGAGGAAAUCUUUUUGAGGAGAAAGUGUUAACUUUUGAAGAUUUCAGAUAAACCAGGGACUGCAAGAUACUUUUCACAGGACUUUUGCGAGACUGAACUUUCAGAAAGUCUAUCAGAAAGGAGUGUUAGGCUGAGAGAAAUGUAGCUGCGUCAGUAGGAGAUAAGAACUUGGCAUCUAACAUAGGUUUCAGUACCAUGAAUAGUUUAAUUGCCCUCUUGCUUUCUAGUGGUGGGCAGGCUAUCAACUCCCUGCUCCCCACUUUUGGGACCCUUUCAGCUGUAAUGUAGCAUAAGAAAUGGGCUUGUUUGGUUUCUGUAUUAAUAAGACCUAGAUGAAACCCACUUUGAAAAGUUUGCUUUCUCAGAUAUAUUGAUCCUGGUCAUAUAAUUAAGUACCUUUGUGUGACUGAAUCCUGUUGUUGAGGUGUCCUGAAUAUUAUUGUUACUUGCUUGUAUUGAUGCUAGCAUUAAUAAUACUUUAUGAUCUGGUAAUAGUUCAAAUGUGGAUGUGUGUGUAAAAUAUAAAUAGGCCCAAUUCUACCUCUAGGCUGAGAAAAAUCUAUAUAAGGUUUGGCUUUGGGUAAAUGCAUCUUAACUCCCAAAGCUCGUUAUGAAUGUGGCACCAUAUUGCAGUUUGUUGAGAUACUUGUCUUCCAGAUUAGAGAAAUAAAUAUGUACAAAGAAACCGGACAGACAGCUUAUAAACAAGAGCUCAAGCCAGAGAACCUCCUCAGAUGCUGGGACGAAUGCAUGGAGAAGUCUAUGUAUCACACCAGGAAAGAAGCUGUGAAUAAAUUCAAUAAGGAAAAUUACUGGAAGAAAAAGGGGAUUGCCAUUAUUCCCAUGACGUUCCCUGUUGGAUUUGGCUUACGCUCCCUAGGUCAGGUCAGUUUCUCUGGACACUGUACAAGAAGAUAAGCAUUGGUCACCUGCCUUUCUUGUUUUUAUUUUAUUUUUAUUAUUGGCUGUUUUCUGUUUCGUUUUUGAAAAGUGCUCCCUUUCACUGCAGUUCCCACUUGCACGCCCCUUGCCACACAACUUGAAAUCUGAGCUACCUUCCCUUACAAGGGCAGACAUGCUCCUGAUAGGUGUGCCAUGGUUGGCAGCAGCGUCAGUUGUAAUCCUUUACUGCGCUUUGACUGUAGGAGGGCAAUACAUGGGAAUGGUUUUUAUUUAUGCCGUCUCCUUUGCAGCUUUCAGUGGUGUAUUCUCAAGUUACGACUGACCCCCAAGCAGGCAUGGAAUUCCCACUAAGCACCAUUCUUCCCCCACUGCAACCUUGACUUUCCUAUCAUCAUCAUCAUCAUCAUCAUCAUCAUCCUUGCACUGCUGGUGAACCAUCAACAUGGCAGUUUUACUAGCACUGUGUACCACCAGCAGAACAGCAACACCGUGCUCAAGACUGCCCUGAGACAUUUUGCUGUCCACAAGGACAGUGCGUUUCCAAUUCCACAUACAGAAAUUUGGCAGUGGAAGGUCACUUCAGCACUUCUGAGCAGGCAAUGCCCACCACCACACAUGAGGACAGCAGACUGGCUUAGGGGUGCAGGCCAGGCUGCGUGUAUCUCUGUACCACUUCUCCCUACCACCCCAGCAUCUGCUUGCCUGGGGCAGCUGUUUUCCUCUGCUUAAUGCAAGGAUGGGGAAAUAAUUUUUAGCCCUUCUGUCAACCUUCACGGGUGAAGAGGGCCAAAGGCAGAAGCUGACAGAGCAACAAGUGUGAAUUUCAUCUUUGGACCAUUGGCUAGUUUCUACACACCCUUUUCUAUCUUCCAAACGAGCAACAGCCAGCGUGGUGUAGUGGUUAAGAGCAGUGGACUCGUAAUCUGGUGAACCGGGUUUGAUUCCCUGCUCCUCCACAUGCAGCUGCUGGGUGACCUUGGGCUAGUCACACUUCUCUGAAGUCUCUCAGCAUCACUCACCUCACAGAGUGUUUGUUGUGGGGGAGGAAGGGAAAGGAGAUUGUUAGCCGCUUUGAGACUACUUAGGGUAGUGAUAAAGCGGGGUAUCAAUCCAAAUCCAAACUCUUCUUAUCAGUAUUCAAGUGCAUAUUCCAUCAAGGGAGAAGCACUUGUGGAGGGUGUGAAACAUGGACGACUAGGGACUUGUGUUUGGAGAGUGGGAGUGGCUUGGGAAGAGUCAGGGCAAGUCCUGGAGGCUUGCAUUUGACACCUUGGCCUGAGGUUGCCAAUCCCUGACCUAAUAAUAGGGCUAACACUAGUGCAGCAGAUUGUAGCAGCGAUCCUAACCUUUCACUGCAGAGCGUCUCUUUAAAAUAUAUAUAACUCUUCACUUUUAGAUUGAUAAAGACAGCCCAACUGAAAACAUUUCUGCUCAUUUCAUGCAGAGUGCAGAGCCAAACUGUGUGUUCUUAUUUUAUGCAGGCCGCUGCUCUGGUUCAUUUGUAUACCGAUGGGUCCGUGCUUCUGACUUAUGGUGGUGUAGAAAUGGGGCAAGGGCUCCACACCAAAAUGAUCCAGGUACUAGGAAUUGCUUUUCUCUUGCUUAUGUGUGUGAAUAACAAAUUGCUUUCAUGAGAUUUUCUGCUGAUUGACAUCUUUAAUUUUCUGCUUUAAAAAGAUGGCAGCAAUCCAUGUUACUUCCUGGCAUGUAUUUAUUACAGUGGUGCCCCGCAAGACGAAUGCCUCGCAAGACGGAAAACCCGCUAGACGAAAGGGUUUUCCGUUUUGGAGGUGCUUCGCAAAACGAAUUUCCUAUGGGCUUGCUUCGCAAGACGAAAAUGUCUUGCGAGUUCCUGCGGGGUUCCCCCUUUUCCCUCCGCUUCGCUGAUCCGCUAAGCCGCGUAUCCGCUGAUCCGCUAAGCCGCUAAGCCGCUUAACAGCUGAUCCGCUAAGCCGCUUAACAGCUGAUCCGUUAAGCCACUAAGCCGCUUAUCAGCUGAUCCGCUAAGCCGCUUAACAGCUGAUCCGUUAAGCCACUAAGCCGCUUAUCAGCUGAUCCGCUAAGCCGCUAAUAGCGCUAAUCCGCUAAACCGCUAAUGGGCUUGCUUCGCAAGACGAAAAAAACCGCAAGACAAAGAGACUCCCGGAACGGAUUCUUUUCGUCUUGCGAGGCACCACUGUAGUUUCAGUGAAGUUAUGCCAGAUGAAAUAUAGUGGUCUGAUCUCAAGAUAAGGGUAAUUACAAACCCCAGUUUUAAUUGAGGACUCAACCCCCUGUGGUUUCCAGGAACUGGAAGCAUUACUGCCUCUAGCUGUGGCUAAUAAUGACUGCUCCCCACUUCAAAUGGGGGGCGCUUUUUGCGUGGCCGCGUGCAGCCCCCUGAUCGCACACGAUUCCGGCAAUUCGGCCUGGUUUCACCUCCCCGAGCUGGAUACCUGGAGGUUCCCGCCCCACCUCAGAUAGUAAACCAAUCCCAGCUGGGGAGGUGUUGCCAAUGGAGUCGACCAGGUAGGGUUGGGACCGCCCUGCACACACAAUAGAGGGUGGAACUUACCUGGGAGUCCUCAGUCCCCUGCCCUCCCUCAGUUUAUGCCUUCAUUUUGCACGUUAACAUCUUCUUUACAGGUAUGCGGGCGCUGCUACGGUCAUUGAUGGUUGCUGUUGAAGGAUCAGGAAGGAAUUUCCCUGCAUUGGCAGGUUUUGCCUUCCCCAUAGCAAAGCGUCACAACUUUGGCAGUUUCAGGCCUUGGGCGGAAUCCUUUAGUCUAUCUUCCCUAAAUUGGGGGGGGACGUGAAGCGGUGACCCAUGCCCCCCCUGUGGCGGUGAUCCCAGGGUUCCCCAUUAAAGGGGUUGUUUUUGGGGGAGUCACUGGCCGUACGCUGAUAGGUUGUCAGUGCUCUCCCCUGCUUUGCAGCGAAAUGGGGGGUGGGCUCUCUGCUUAAACAUACAUUCUCCAGAGCAAGCCCAAUCCCCACACUGUUUGGACAUCCCUGAUGUUCCCCAGAUCCCCGGCUGGGAACUGGGAGGGAUGGUGGAGUGUGGUAGAGUCUCCUUCUUUGGAGGUCUUUAAGCAGAGGCUUGACAACCAUAUGUCAGGAGUGCUCUGAUGGUGUUUCCUGCUUGGCAGGGGGUUGGACUCAAUGGCCCUUGUGGUCUCUUCCAACUCUAUGAUUCUAUGAUUCUAAAUGCCCAAUGCCUAAGCCAAGGUCUCCCUACACCUGAAAGUUUAAUAAAGUUGUGGCCAAUUUUAAUCCCAUAACACAUCAUGAGUCAUUAUUCCACCCGGGGGGGCGCCUGGGGUCGGGGGGGGGGUCUCCACCUGGCCACGCAAUACUGCCUUUUAUUUGUAGUUGGGAAACCACAUUGGGAACAAUGAGCUAGUUAUGCUUGAAGAAAAGAUGGACAAACCUGGCUGUUUCUGGUCCGCAUUACUUUCAUGCUUUUAGCCAUAAUUUAAUUCUGCUUCAACAUUAAUCUGCAUUGGGGCAAUAAGGUUAGUCAGAGAAGAUGGUGCCAAGAUGUGAAAGUUGGUGAACACUCCCUUAACUGUCUGCAGCAUUAAAAGAGGAACAAAAAAACCAACCCGUCCUGACAUCUCUUCACCUACCUUCAGCGUUACUCUAGUUAAUAUGCAAGCAGAUUAAAUAGUUAUCAGUUCCUGAUACAUGUACACGAUAAAAUAGGCUCUGGCUUCUUUGUAUGGUCUAUAUACAGUAGACAUUGUGGAGGAGCUAAACCUUAAUCUGAUUUCUCCAGCUAUACCCCCUCCAUGACCCAUGGGAGUAUAGUUCCAUAUAGUAUAGUUCCAUACAGAAUUCAGCUGCUGAAAGUGAAGCAGAACUGUGAGGUGUAACCCUUUUGUGUGUAUGUGUAAAGGUCUAGGCCAGGCUUCCUCAACCUCGGCCCUCCAGAUGUUUCGAGACUACAAUUCCCAUCAUACCUGACCACUGGUCCUGGUAGCUAGGGAUCAAAGGAGUUGUAGGCCUAAAACAUUUGGUGGGCCAAAGUUGAGGAAGCCUGGUCUAGGUUGCUGUACUUAAAACAGAAUAUUGUACGUAUUCCUUUCUCAUUCUAGGUUGCAAGCCGAGAAUUAAAGAUGCCAAUGUCAAAUAUUCACUUCUGUGAAACAAGUACGCAGACAGUCCCGAAUGCAUGUGCUUCAGUUGGAUCAAUGGGAACGGAUGUCAAUGGAAUGGCAGUGAAGGUAAAAUAAGAUAUUAAUCUUCUAGUUAGUGCAAAAUUCCAAGGUUCCAGCUUCUUGAAAGAUAUUCAUAGGAGCUUACUUCUGGUAGAUGAUGAUGAAAUGUAUUGAUUUUUUUUGAAAGACUUUCAUACUAAGUGCACAGAAACGCUCAGAAGAAAGCGCCACUGACUUCUUGAACACAGGUGCCUGAUUGUGUUUUAGGAUUGCAACCUUAUAACGUAUAAACGUAUAAACUAUAAUAAUAAUAAUAAUUUAUAUAUAUCUCGCCAAUCUGACUGGGUUUCUGAAGGGAAGUUUUCUUUCUGCAGUUCUCUUACUGCACAUAACUGUGGCAUUGUGGGAAAGUCUUGCUUUUAGAACUAUUGUUUCUUUUCUCUUGCAUUCUGGGAAGUCUCGCUUCUGCUUCUGCACAUACUGUUCCGAACACACCAAGCCAAACACACCUAGACAUUCUCUCAUUCUUCAGUUCAUUUCAAGUUCAUGAACAAAACAAUAUGGUCUGUUCUUAAUGCAUAGCUGACCACAUCUACGGAACUUCAUUAUUAUACUCUUUCAUGUUAUGAUCAAUCAUUAGUAAUUGUUUUAGUCAUGUUAUAUUAAUCUUUAGUUAUAAUUUAAUUAGGAGGAUUCAUGCCUGUCUAGUUCUAGCUCCAUUUCUCAUCCUUUGAUCUAUCAAUGAUAAAUGGACAUAUGUUAUUCCCGCCUUGUACCUAUGUUAACCAAUCAGCAACAAGAUGCUUUGUGUUUGUAUCAACCAAUCAGCCACAAGCACACCUGUGGCAAUGUUUGUAAUAUUCAAUAAAAGAGAGUUCCCGGGGCUUGCCCCGGCAGACGCCUCUCAUAUGACACCUACCACUCGUCUGUCGUGAUUUCAACCCAACAGGUUUCCCCAGCCACUCUGGGUGGCUCCCAACCGAAUAUUAAAAACACAGUACUGCAUUAAACAUUAAAAACUUCCCUAAACAGGGUUGCCUUCAGAUGUCUUUUAAAAGUAAGAUAGUUGCUUAUUGCCUUGAUAUCUGCUGGGAGGGCAUUCCACAGGGCAGGCGCCACUACCGAGAAGGCCCUCUGCCUGGUUCUCUGUAACCUCACUUCUCGCAGCAAGGGACCCAGCAGAAGGCCCUCGGCGCUGGACCUCAGUGUCCGGGCUGAACAAUGGGGGUGGAGACGCUCCUUCAGGAGCUGAGUCCUACUUUCUCUUAUUCCCCAUACCUUGAGCAACAUUGUGUUUUGCAGAGAAGAUACAUGCUGAGAUGGAAAGUGCUGGGAGUUUCAUAGAUUCAUAGAAUUGUAAAGUUGGAAGGGAUCAUGAGGGUCAUCUAGUCCAACCCACUGCAAUGCAAUAAUCUUUCACCCAAUGUGGGGGUCGAACCCAUGACCCUGAGGUUAAGAGUCUCAUGCUCUAUCCUGCAAUGACUUUCAGACAGCUAGGUGGGAAUGUACGAAUCACAGGAACAGCAUAGGAAACUGCCAUAUACCAAGUAAGACAUUUGGCCCAUUUAACUUAGUUUUGUCUACACUGACCGGGAGUGGUUCUCCAGUUUUUCAGGCAAGGCUCUUUAUCAGGCUUACCUGGCAAUGCCAGGGAUUGAACCUGUGAUGUUCUGCAUGCGAAGCAGAUACUCCGCCACUGAGCUAUGGUCCUUACCUGGUGAGCUACAGCGCAGAGCAUGCAACAUCUGGUUAGUGCAAAUUUGCCCAAUUGGUUGCAGUACAGAAGAAGCCUUAAUGAGGUUUAACUGAUGCCCUUCCCCUUCUGGGUUGCAAAAUUUAAGCUGCUCAGAACUGAAUGUGGAGGCUCUUGAUUUUUUGUUGAAAUAACCUCUUGGCGAUGCCAUAGGCUAGUGUUUAAUGACUCCUGUGGUGUGAGCAACAACGCAGAAGUAUGGCAAAAACAGAACCCUUCAAAUGUCUUACAUAGAAUUUUUUCUUCUUUGUGCUCCUCCCAAUGUCAUCAGGAUGCCUGCCAGACCCUCCGGAAACAUCUUGAGCCCAUCAUUAGACAGAACCCUAAGGGCACAUGGAAAGAGUGGGUAAGAGUAGUUCUGUGGUUUCCAUGGAUUACCUUUUAUAUGGAAAUUCCCAGGGCACAUUUUAUGUUUUCUUACUCCCUUCAGAUCAGAAAGCAUCAAUUUCUUGCAGCACGGCCAAUUAUAGUGCUGCUGCAUGUAAAACUUUAGCAACUUGUAAUUUUGCUCUCUAUUCCUGGUAUUCUAUAGGAUGAUAUAGUUACUAGUAAUUUUGGUAUUGUCAGUCUUUACUUUGUUUUGUUGGGGAUCAUUUUAUAUAUUUGGACAUUUCUAUUUUGACCACUGGCUAUUGACCAUAACAAAGGGAUUGAUUGACUUACAGCAAUUAAAUAAGAAGCACCACAACAGACAUUUGACUUGUAUUAAAUGUUAUAUGACUUUAGAGCCAAGGCAUAACCUCUUGUUUUAACUUGCCUAGCUUACCGCAACAUGAUUAAAGAAAGAAAAUGGAAUAUGAAGAAUUUGUGUUUAUGCAGGACUUUACCCCUGCCUUUGGCAAGUUUCUUCAUUCAGAUUUGUUAUUCACACUUUUAUAAAUGGGCUUGUUUUCUUUUCCACUGUCCCUUAAAUUAAUGCACUUAGUGCAGAGGAGAGGAAUCUUUUUCACACCAAGAACUGCUUUCGCCUGUGGGAAGUGGUGUGCACAGCAAUUGAUGUGACUCUUACCUUUGUAAAGGAAACAACAUUGCAGCUGCACAAAAGUCACAGAUUUCUGCAUCCCCUCCCACCGUUCUGCAUGCGCAGUUCUCCGUACUUCAUCUAGGCAAGCACAGGGUGUUACCACAGCUGAAGGACACAUUCCAGGGGGGAUAUUAGUCUACGGUUUGAGUGGACGAAUUAACAUUUAAAUUAAGAGCAGUGAGGAGGUGAAAUGAAGUGCCAUAUUUUUCGCUCUAUAGGACGCACCUGACCAUAGGACGUACCUUGUUUUAGAGGGGCAGAACAAGAAAAAAAAAAAUCCUCCUCUCUGCUCAGCACCCCUUCAGCGAAGCGGCAGGAGAAACGGAGCCCCUUCCAUUUCUCCUCCCGCUUCACUGAAGGGGCGCUGCACAGCUCUCCCUCUCUGCUGAAGCCGGGAGAGUCUUACUUACAGCAAAAGGAACGGGAAGCCUUCGGAGCGCAGCGCGAGUUCCCACUGCGCUCCAAAGGCUUCAGGGAUAGCCACCUGAAGCCUUUGGAGCGCAGCGGAAACUCGUGCUGCGGCUAUCCCUGAAGCCUGGAGAGCGAGAGGGGUCAGUGUGCACUGACCCUCUCGCUCUCCAGGCUUCAGCGAGCAACGCAUAGCCUCCGGAGCGCGGAGGAGUGCUCCUCUGCGCUCGGAGGCUUCGCGUUGCUAUCGCUGAAGCCAAGGAGCCUGCAUUCGCUCCAUAGGACGCACACACAUUUCCCCUUAAUUUUUGGAGGGGAAAAAGUGCGUCCUAUAGAGCGAAAAAUACGGUACUGUAGACGCAUUUCCAGAAGCUUUAUGGUGCACACCGCUAUGUAGAAAGCAACUUUUUCCACCACCAGGUGCUUCUCUUUUGCUGGAGGAAAAUAUACGGCUACUAAGAAUCAGGUACAAUUUGACUCUUAACUAAGCUAAUAAACCUGUGUGUGGUGCUAGUGAGAGCUCAUGUACUGGGACGUCUCUCCAUAGAAAAAACAACUGCUUGCAACUAUCAUGUCAGGAAGAAGGCUAGGCCAAACUUCUCCCUGAAACACUAGUUUUCUGGAUGGAUGGGAUUGUUUUAUUUGGAGGAGUAUUCAGCUACCUGAGCUCCUACCAGCAGUCUUACAUCCUCAGUGAAAGCCUCAUUUCCACAGUUCUCAUAUGUGCAACAUUCCAUUUCAGUCAACUGGAAAUACAAUUUUUUUCGAUUAUAUUUUAAGUUUCAACAUUUUUAACAUAUACAAUCAAAACACAAUUUCGUCUUUUCUUUUUGUUGAUUUCCCACCCCAUUUUCCAUGGAGUUCUUUCUCCCCUUCUGCUGCCCCCUAUAUUCUAUCUAUUAAAUCAUAACCACAAUAUUAUUGCCUGAUUACUUCUGUUACUCAUAGCUCAAAUCCUGCCCAUAAGUUGAUCGUCUAGCUGGAAAUAUUAAUAGGAAUGUCUUGUUUUAGCAUGGGCAUGGUAUCUUUUUUUAUACAAGAUUGCUUUUUGAAGGAAUAAACUUACUAUGCUUGCUUGUUUUACAGGCCAAAGAAGCUUUUGAGCAGAGUAUCAAUCUGUCAGCUAUAGGUUACUUCAGGUACUAGAUAUUAACUCAUGACUUCAAGAAGUGACUGUCAAAAGAGAAUUACUGUAAUGACUUGCAUAACAAGGUAGCUACUGCAGGGAUCAUGAAUGACUUGAGCUGAUGCUUUUAGUAGUUGCCUAUACUGCUUAGACAUAAGCAUACAGAGAAAAGGGCAUGUCAUGUCUAGUCUUGUACACGAAGGUCCUGAAGGAGAAUGUUAGCAGCAGAGUGAAAGAUACACGACUGUGGCCUGCUGUUUUGCACUCUAUAAUGAACCAUGCACACUGAUGGCACUAAAUAUUUCAGGGAGGAUCCAGAGGAUUCUUCUGUGAGUGAAAGGCACUAAGAUCCAGCAGAUCGUCCUGCUGGAGAAAGAUGCAUUUUUUUAACCAGUUGGAGAAAGAGGAAGGCUGCCCUGUGCUGUUUCUCAAAUGGUUCCAGAGACACUCCCAACUCUCCAGAGCAACUUUUCAGGCAAAACUCACCUGUUCUCCCCCUCCCCACCCCACCUCAUGGGCUUUCUCAUGAUCUGCAUUCUGCUCACAGUAACUUUGGAUCCAACCCACUGAUCAAGUGGAAGGAAUUAUUGGUCGCAUUCAGAAAUUUGUACAUUUGGUUAAAAGUGCUGUCAGUGAGUCUGGAGGGUUUUUUUUUAUGUUUCUGUAAAGGAAAAGUCUUUCCGAAUCAGAGAACUUAAGUCAGCGCUGCAUUCUGACUGCAUCAAGGGAGAAUAUAAUGUGGCAAUGAUGAGUAGUAGAUGAUACAGCUUUAAAUGAGGAAAAGUCAAAUCCAUAGAUCUAUUAUUAAUGGGUAUUAGCCAUAUAUAAUAUUGACUGGCUUUGGGGGUGAAGAAUGUCGGGGGCUUUUACCUACAUCUCCUGUUGGUGGGCUUCCUGGAGGCCUGGCCACUUCCAGAAUGCUGAAUUAGAUGAACAUUUGAUCUGAUCAGCAGGCCUGCUGCUAUGUUCUUAAACAACAUGAUGCAUUAUCAGAGCAAAUCUCACAUAGCUCCACUGUCAUGACUCAUUGUACCAACUGAGGGUCCAGCACAUCAUUGUGAUUGUGAGGCUCUUUAUUGCUAUUUCCCCCCUUGUCUCUUUUAUUGUUGUUCCCAUGCCUGCAAGCAUCCCUUACUCCCCAACAUCCUUUGUUGCUUCUUGCAGAGGUUAUGAAGCAAACAUGGACUGGGAGAAAGGGGAAGGCCACCCAUUUGAAUAUUUUGUUUUUGGAGCUGCCUGUGCAGAGGUUGAAAUAGACUGUCUGACUGGAGACCACAAGGUAAACUGUCAGGUGUCACUUACAGCUAGUGCAAAAAGCACAGCCAAGUUCCUGUGUAACUAAUGAAAGGCUCUUGUGUUUUCUUUGUCGUAUUCAGUCUAAACAGUUGUUUGCAGUGGACAGCAAUAAAUCCUGCUGGUUUCUACAAAGCACAGCUACCUUAUUUUUUGCUCUAUAAGACGCACCAGACCACAAGACGCACCUAGUUUUUGGAGGAGGAAAACAAGAAAAAAAAUAUUCUGAAUCUCAGAAGCCAGAACAGCAAGAGGGAUCGCUGCGCAGUGAAAGCAGCAAUCCCUCUUGCUGUUCUGGCUUCUGGGAUAGCUGCGCAGCCUGCAUUCGCUCCAUAAGACGCACACACAUUUCCCCUUACUUUUUAGGAGGGAAAAAGUGAGUCUUAUAGAGCAAAAAAUACGGUACAUAGUGGUUUCUUGUGUGGAUCGAGUUUAACCUCUCCUUCCUCAUGUGACUUCAGUAAUCCAUGAGCUGCUGCUAUGGCACAUGCAUGGCAGCUUUGAACGUGAAUUCAUCCGGGCACUUGUGUUGCAGUAGCCAACAGCCUCCACUUUGCCCUUUUCCCAGCUGUUUUCUUCCAAAGCCUACUGGGCAAAAGCAGGCAGUCUUGUGCAGAACCAGACAGAUUUUUAUUUAAGUUUUACAAUUUAUGAAUUCCACUUGCACAUGAAUUUUCCCAUAGAAGUGAUAUAGUGUUUAUUGCCACAGAAAGAUAAAAAGAAUACAUAGCAUUUAUAUAGCACAUAAACGAGUGUAGUCCACUUUGCAUAUAUUGUAUCUCUAAUUUUUGCAGGAUUCCUGCAGCAUUAUUCCUUUUUGGUAUAUGGGAAUCUGGCUUUAAGGCUGAAAGGCUGACUGGUACAUUCAUAGUUGAAGGAAAAUUGUAUUUAAAAAAAAUCAGAAACAUUUAUUCAAAAGUUACAAUACAUUUUCUUUCUUUUCUUUCUUUCUUUCUUUUUUCUUUUUUUUAGUGAAUACAAAAACGCAAUUAUAUAAGUGCAAAUUGCUUGCAAAAAUUGGUAUAUUAGAAGAUAUGUGCACUGAAAUGCUGACACAUUUUUGAGGACUUUUCACAGACUGAAAUGUGGAAAACGGAAGAGAAUAUGAGAGAAACUGAAAUUGACAGAUUUCAGUUUCAAAAAAAAAAAAAGUUACAAUACAUUUUCAAUCAGUAUAUUGGGAGGAUUCAAAAGCUGGUAUUUGUUGGUUUCUUAGCCAAAGCUCUUAGCCAUAGCCAAUACAAUGCACCAGCUUUCCUGGCUACUGUUACUUUUCCAUUAAAGUGUUGUCCACUCUACCUACUUCUAAAAAUGAAAGUAGCAUCAUUGACUUUAAUACGGUUUUAGACUGGGGGAAAUAUUACAAGAUAAGGACUGCAGCCCUAAGCAUACUUAUAACAAAUAAAGUAUUGUUAAAUUCAUUGGGACUUAUUUCCCAAAAUGAGCCACAAAUAGGUCAUACCACACUGGGUACAAAUUCUCAAUAUCCUAUCCAUAAUAUUUGGCUCAUCUCCUCAUGCUUCAGUCCCUCAGAUGUAAUACAAAGUUAUAGCCUGUUUUUCAUUAACAGAAUGUCAAAACAGAUAUUGUUAUGGACAUUGGAUGCAGCAUCAAUCCAGCAAUGGAUAUAGGUCAGGUAAGUCCUGAGAAUUUCUUCAUUUUGCUAUGAGGUACUAAAUUCACUUCAGUUAGAAUCAUAUGAUUUGGAAGGUGAUCCUGUUCAGUGACAGAUACAAAACCCAACAAUACAGAAAUUCACUGAGCACGGGGUUGGACCUCCUUCCAACUCUUAUGAUAGAAAUGGGUAAUUAAAAUGUGUUGUUUAGUCGUUUAGUCGUGUCCGACUCUUCGUGACCCCAUGGACCAGAGCACGCCAGGCACUUCUGUCUUCCACUGCCUCCCGCAGUUUAGUCAAACUCAUGCUGGUAGCUUCGAGAACACUAUCCAACCAUCUCAUCCUCUGUCGUCCCCUUCUCCUUGUGCCCUCCAUCUUUCCCAACAUCAGGGUCUUUUCCAGGGAGUCUUCUCUUCUCAUGAGGUGGCCAAAGUAUUGGAGCCUCAGCUUCACGAUCUGUCCUUCCAGUGAGCACUCAGGGCUGAUUUCCUUCAGAAUGGAGAGGUUUGAUCUUCUUGCAGUCCAUGGGAAUCUCGAGUCUCCUCCAGCACCAUAAUUCAAAAGCAUCAAUUCUUUGGCGAUCAGCCUUCUUUAUGCCCCACCCAUUUCAGCUUUGUUAGAUGGCGAAAUUUAAGAGAAAGAGAGCAAAGAAUUGAAAUAUUUGUGAAAGGCCAGCAUUAUUCAUAGAAUUCUGAAAGUCUAAUUACAAUAUUAAUGGUAAGGUGUCUAGUUGUCUUUCAGAUGUUAGAUUUUUAUGCUUGCUUUUAUGGUUCAUUUGUUCAAUUUUAAUAAUAAAUAAUUAUAAUUUUAAAGCUAGCAUCGCUUUCAGACAAUGUAACGACAGCUCGUAUUAAUUUAACACAACAAAGUAUAUGGAAAUCUCACUAUAAGCUAUACUUCCUCUUGGCAGAUUGAAGGUGCAUUUGUCCAGGGCCUUGGACUUUACACAACAGAGGAACUCAAAUAUUCCCCAGAGGGGGUCCUCUACACACGGGGCCCAGAUCAGUAUAAGAUCCCUGCUGUUUGUGACAUUCCAGAACAGAUCAGUGUCUCCUUGUUGGCAUCUAGCCAAAACCCAACAGCGAUCUACUCAUCCAAGGUAAGAAGAUUGAAAUCCAAGGUGCAGUUCUUCCCUUUCGCUCCUGCUAAACCUAAGUGACCCAUAUUACUGAAGGAAAAACUGCAGACUUGGAGGGUGGGAUGGAAAUGAUAUGAGAGAAUAAGUUGUUUUCACUAUGAAUAUCUUGUUACUGUAUUAUUAAUCAUGCGGCUAUAAUCCAUCCCACAGCCAUUCAGGCAUAAGUGCGAUUGAAAUCAACAGUGAUUAAAUGUGCUUAACAGCGGUUGGGUUUAUGCCCACAUGGAUAUAAUAUCAGGAGUGUUUCAUUCCGUUUUAUGACAUGUUAUUGAGCAAGUUGUCUCCCCUAAGACUGAAGUCCUCAACUUCACAUUGGAAUAUUGAUUGCAGACCACAAUGCAGCAGAGCCAGAAGGAAAAUACAUGACAUACUCCAGUGGGAACCCUCACUAGGCAAUUGUUUCACUGUAGCAUGUCCCCCUAUCGGGAGAAGAGCAGUCAGUUUUGAGGCAUUCCAAGCCCUUUUUGGAGGCAUGAUAGCAGAACAGGCUAUAAAACAAUCGGAAAUAAGGAAUGCAAUUUUUACAGUGGCCUAGCCUUCUUUCUUAACUACCCUUCGAGACAGGGACGCGGGUGGCACUGUGGGUUAAACCACAGAGCCUAGGACUUGCUGAUCAGAAGGUCAGCGGUUUGAAUCCCCACGACGGGGUGAGCUCCCAUUGCUCAGUCCCUGCUCCUGCCAACCUAGCAGUUCGAAAGCACGUCAAAGUGCAAGUAGAUAAAUAGGUACCGCUCUGGCCGGAAGGUAAACAGUGUUUCCACGCUCUGCUCUGGUUCGCCAGAAGCGGCUUAGUCAUGCUGGCCACAUGACCCGGAAGCUGUACGCCGGCUCCCUCAGCCAAUAAAGCGAGAUGAGCGCCGCAACCCCACAGUCGGUCACGACUGGACCUAAUGGUCAGGGGUCCCUUUACCUUUACCUUUACCUUUAGCCGUCUCUCUUAACUACCCAUUGAGGCAGUGGUAGAUAGAAAAACUGUGCCAACUAGCCAAAAACAAUCAGAGCACAGUUAUCUACUUACAGCCAAACAGAACACAAGUUAUGUCAAACUUCUAGCAAAACAAGGCCAAAAAGCCUAAUGGGGGAUUAGGCCAGUUACGCAGCUUGACGGAAUGUGACUAUAAGGCCUAAAUUAUCCCUUGCAGACCACAUACUUGAGUGUUAUUAUCUGUAGCUCUGCUGGCUGUGCUAACCACCUUUGCUUGUUGAUUGGCAUCCAUCUGUUUUGAGAGACAAUGAAGUGCACCUCCAGGGGUGAAUUCAAACCACUGUGUUAGCAGCACCAAAAUGACCUCCCUGUAGCACAGGCCUGGGCAGUAUGUAUGGAGGUCCUGGGCUGCCCAGAUGACAAGAGCCUCCCCUUUCAGCCUCACUGAUGUGUUCCACAGGAAAGUAGAGCAAUAUGUUUUGCACCAGCUUGACUGCAGGAGUUGCCAGAAAGAGGCAUACUGUACAUCCAACCGUUUUAGGGGCUCCACUCUGGAUUUUUGCAGGGUUUACUCCUUAGCCUUUUCUUCUUCCAAAGAUAUCCCACAUGGCAUCUUGAGGUCUAGGAUCAGUGCUUUCCUUCUCCAAGAUGGGCUCCCUUCCCAAGUUGACAAGUCCCAUUUGCCCCUGGGAAAGCACUAAUAUCAGGUGACACCAAUUAUGUCCAUCCACAUCUUGAUCUUAUUGGGCCAGCGGCGUAGCGUGGGUUGUCAGCACCCGGGGCAAGGCAAGUAAUUUGCGCCCCCUAACCCGGGGCAAGGCAAGUAAUUUGCGCCCCCUAACCCCUAACCUGCCGCCGCUGCCAGCUUCUUCUUGCUGCUGCCUGGUCUGGUCUGGUGUGGUUCUCUCUCGCGCUCAGCGCUGCGCUGGGCGGCCGCUGCACUGUCCCUCCCCCAGAUAGUCCCUCGCUCUCUCUCCGCACCGCACGCCUGGCACCCACCCCCUCCACAGUGGGCGGCGACCCAAUGGCUCGGAUCGGAUUCGCACAGCCAGCACUGCAGUGAGAGAGAGUGAGUGAGCCACGUAGGGGCAGAGAGCUGCGAGUGCGAGCACGCGCCCCCCAGAUGUUGCGGCCGGCCCCCCCUGCACCCCCCACGCUACGCCACUGUAUUGGGCUGACGCUCAAAAGGGCUUUUCACUUUUGGCCUUUUGGAUGUAAAAAGUGUGGCAUGUAAAAUGAAACACGUCGUUCCAGGGAACUGGACAGAUGUUGCAUCUUAGGAUAAACACAGACGAGGGGGAGCUAUAUAGUGGCAGCCCAAGCUCAGAUGAGAGGGGCAGAAUAAUAACAGUCACAGAUUCCUAGCCUGUAACAUCAGCCAUCUGCAUGGGCAGUUUGCUCUUCCCACUACCCUCAGCUCUCCAGCACCUGUGAUUGGCCGCAGUUGCGGCUGCCACCAUUUCGGAAUACGGUGAGCAAUCUUUGUGAACCGACUAGGACACAAGAAAAAUAUGUUCUUGAAUGGCAGCAGAGCGUUGCUAGCAGAGAGGUGUGGCUUUACAUUGUUUGUUUUCAUUUUGGUUAGUCUUUAAAAAGCUGCAUGUGCACACAUGUGGAUAUAAGCUCAUGCUUUCACAUAUAUUUUUAAAGCAACCACUCAGAAUAGGUUAAAAACCUUUCUAAAAUAACCUAGAGUUUGCAGUCAGCAUUCUCAGAAAGGCUGCCACAGGACCCUUGUUAGAUAUACAGCUGUCUCCUUCUCCACAGCUCCACUGAUGAGCAACAGGUGGGCACCAUUGCAAUUGUGACACUGUGGACAUUGAUAAGCCACUCAGUACUGAUUUGAGUAGUGCUGUUACUUCUGCUACCAUCACUACUCCUCCUCCUUCUCAAAAAGGCAGGGCCACCUACCACCCUUGGAGCUUAGUGGGAAAUAAGUGGAAGGACAGAGAAUGAGACUAGAACAUCCACUCACCACAUACCGAAUCGGGAAGCCCACUAGUGGCCCCAUCGUGAAGGCCCCUCAAGCUUGGAGCCAGCCCUGAGCACAGGGAGGUGUUAUGCAGUAGGUUCCUGUGGCUUCUCACAUCAGCCACAUGAAGGUGCUGGCUCAUGUAAGGUUUGCCUGCUGGCCCAAGUGAGUCCACAAAGGCUGAUGCCACCAAGCUCUUAAGAUUGUGUCAGAUGCUGGGUCUUGUUCCCACACAAUGAGAAAACAAAACUCAUUUCAUGUGCGGACAGAGAUGCUCCCUGAAAGGUUAUUGAUGUGAAAUAUUUGCUAAUGCUUCAACAUGAUUUCACUGCUUUUGUCUCUGCUUUUGGCAGGGCCUUGGUGAAGCGGCACUUUUCUUGGGGAGCUCUGUUUUUUUUGCAAUAUGGGAUGCAGUGUCUGCUGCCAGGAAGGAAAGAGGAUUGUCAUCAGACUUUGUGUUGAACAGCCCCUUGACUCCUGAACGAGUGCGAAUGGCCUGUGAUGACCAAUUUACGGAGAUGGUAAAGAUUUUUAAUGCAUCUGGUGCCUAAUUCUUCUUUCUCUUGUGACUGUCAGGAUAAGGAAUAGGUUACUCUUAAAUUAAAAUCAGGACGUAGCAUCUUCUAGUCUGUCUGUCCUUAAUGGCACCCUAAAUCUUUUGUGCCUCCAGUGGCUUCCUCUCGUUGCCUUCAGGUAUUGUUGAAUCAGUUUCACAGAAAUCCAAACUGAUUUAGCAACAAGCCUUAGCAAUGACUCUUCAAGACUGAUUGUUCCGUUUACUAUUUAUUCAUUUUUCUAGAUCCCAAAGGAUGAAAAAAGCAAGUCCACUGUUUUGUGGGAAAUCUCCCUUUGA